AUGUCAGAGAGAGAUGAAGAGAUAGAGAAAGAGGAAGAAGAGGAGGAAGAAGAUGAAGAGAAAGAGGAGGAAGAGGAGGUGUGUCCUGUAUGUUUCAGUGAGUUUGACAGUUGUCUCCACCCUCCCUCCACACUACCAUGCGGUCACACCUUCUGCUGGCCCUGCCUGCUGCACCCUAGCCUAGCUACAUCAGGACGGAUACACUGCCCUCUCUGCCGACAACCAGUCUGGGACACACACACUCAUGGCAGGAACAUACACGCACACCACAGAGACACACAAUUCCCCCCCACAAACACACAUCUCUCCAGCAGGAACACACACAUCUCCCAUAGGAAUCCACUCACACAACAGGUGGCACAAACAACCUUCUCAUCUCUUAGAAGCUCUCACCCUCGCUCACACACAAACCUGCACUCACACACACCGCAUAGACCCCAGUCGCUCACACACACACCAGACAGACCCCAGCCAUUCACACACACACCACAGAGGAGUGUGGUUAGCCAUCGCCCAGUGUUGCUGUUCCCCACCCAUCCUGUAGGUGUCAGUGUAGUAUCAGAGGGCUGGCUAGAAGGGCGCUGUACUCUGUGUUGUCAGCCUCUCUCUAAUGAGUCAUCAUAUCCUCUAGACUGUAGACACUUCCUGUGUCCACGCUGUCUCGGCCUGCUAUUGGCUGUGGCUUCCCCAGUGGGACGGGUGUAUUUCCUCUAUUGUCCCCAGUGCCAGGGACAGACUGCAGUACUCAGAGGGGAGACAAACACAGCCUUACACUUCUCCUUACCCAUUUCUUCUUAUUGUUCUUCCUUUCCAUCAUCUGCUUCCUCACCCAUCUCUCCCUCCUCUCCCCCCUCUCCCCAGGCAAUAGCCUCCUCUAGGGGAGAGAGUUCCAGCCAGGGUAGCCAGGGCAGAGGUUGUGGUUGUAGGGGAGGGACUCUCUGUAUGCUGCUGUAGAGGGGAGAUGAGCCUCCAGUCAACCAAAGCCUGGGGCUGGAGUAGGGAGGGAGGCCAAGUGAGAGGGCAUGAUGUUGGGUCUGAGUCAGAUGGUGAAUGGAUGUCACUGCUCUGCUCAGGGCAACUCUCUCUCUACAGCAUGACUGACCCUCAUGUCUGACCUUUCAUAUGAGACACAUGAGACUGUGACUUCACACGCACGCACUUAACACAAACACACACACAUACACGCAUAGAAUAUUUACACGCAUACACACACACACACGAAGCCUUAUGUUAUGCUGUAUGUAUAGUGUAUGUAUCUCAUUGCUCAUCUGGUUGUCCAUAAAUAGAAUAGAACAUGCCUUCAGGCAGAGAUGUUCUUUACUCAUCAGAUCUCUGGGCUGGUUCAUCGGUUUGCGUACAACCUCAACCUUAGAGCAAACAAAACAACAGUGGUGCAUGUCAUUUUUUACUCUCACCUUCAGGACACAGGUGUGUUAGAGUGAUAGAAAAUGAGGGUUUAGUACGUGUGUAUUGGUGUGUUUGUUAGUAAGCCAAGUUAGCAUUGCCAGUAUGCAAGCCUGUUGUGUGGGUGCAUGUGUGGGUCAGUGUGUGUGUAUGUGUGUGAUGGUGUGUGUGUGUGUGUGGGGGGGGGGGGGGGGGGGGGCUGGGCUGGGGGGCUGGCGUUAUGUGAACACAUUAACUCCACCAAACUGAACAGAAACAGGGAGCACUAGAUUAACACGCUCUAAUGACACCGUGGAACACACACAAACACACACACACCCUGCUCAUCUGGGCUAAGCUCCUGUGUGGCUCAGUUGGUAGAGCAUGGCGCUUGCAAUGCCAGGGUUGUGUGUUCGAUUCCCAAAGGAGGCCAGUCUGAAAAUGUAGGCACUCAUUACUGUAAGUCGCUCUGGAUAAGAGUGUCUGCUAAAUGACUAAAAUGUGACAUUUCUAAGGGACUGGCCUCCAAUUUUUUGUUGUUGUCAAAAGUUUUCUUAAGGGGCCUGCUCUGUGCAUUGCUCUUCAGGUGUGAAUCAUAAACCUUUUGCGUGCUGAGUUAAGGACAAUAAAUAACAUAACUAGUCCAUCUGUUUGAUAUUUUAAUGCUUGAAAUGUUCUCUGAUCACAGACAAUAUGCUGUCAUGUUUCUUAUAUUGCAGUGUUUAUGUGUAGUGUAUAGACCUACACUCUUAAAAAUAAAGGUGCAAGUUGGAACCAAAUAAGGUUCUUGAGAGCGAUGCCAUAGGGGAACCAUUUUAGCGUUUCUGAAGAACCAGAAAAAAAUCCAAAACCAGAAAAUGUUCUGCCCUCCAGGACCGUAAUUGAAUAGCCCUGCUGUAGGGUUUUAAGCCUUAUUUGCAUAUUUCCCAGGAUGUCUUUCGAGUGAACUUUAGUUACCAGUAGUACCAACCAUGACUGUGUUUGCUAGUGACAGAGACAUAGUUGUUGCAUUCGUUCAUUUUCAGUCCUGUGGCCUUAAACAAGUGAGAUCCUAAGUGAAUAAGUUGUCAUUAAAAUUACAUUAUUUAAGACAAUACAAAACAUAUUUCAUGAGGCCUUCUUUUGAGGGCCUAGCUUUACCCUAAUACAGUGGCCUGAAACUCAUAGUUUAUAGGCCACAUCAGACCUGCAAGUCAAAUUAUGCUGGCUUGCAAAGGUAUAUAAUAAUUCCAAUAUUUCGAAAACCUGCAUUCUGAAUGUCUGCCAGGGUUAGGAAAACUAAGAUAUGACACUACCUUAAACAUCUCAACUGGAACACCAUUUCAGUAAGGAACAGAUUGGAAUAGUUUAGAAAAAUCUAUGUUAUUUAUAUUUUAGUAGCAUAAGAUCAAUGUACAUGCAAAAACAUAGAUACAAACAAUUCUAAAAAUCAACCUUCAAUAGAGCAUGCUGGGAAAUAUGAUAAUGAUGAUUGUGGUUUUGGUUAAACUCUAGUUAUUAACACCAACACUGGGGUUAUUUUACACCACUGAGGGUUAAUUUAACUCUUUACAAUGUUAAUUUAACUCUUGAAUCAACACUAGAAAUGUUAAACAGAAAAAUCAACUAGCUAACACUGGCCAAUUUGCUAUGUGCUAUGAAAGGGACACAUCUAAAGGCUUCCAUACAUUUCAAGAAUUCUGAAGAACCUCAGAUGCCACGUCAAGAACCCCACACUUAACUCAAAAGUUAUUCAUCGGACAAGAGAAGAACAAUAACCUUUUUUCAGUGUAUACACUCUUCGAAAAAAGGUGCUUUCUAGAACCUAAUAGGUUUCUUCGGCUGUCCCCAUAGGAGAACCCUUUGAAGAACCCGUUUUGGUUCCAGGUAGAACCCCUUUGGUUCCACGUAGAACCCUUUUGUGUUCCAUGUACAGUGCUUUCAGAAAGUAUUCACAUCCCUUUACUUUUCCCACAUUUGUUGUGUUACAGCCUGAAUUUAAAAUUGAUUAAAUUCAGAUGUUUUUGUCACUGGCCUACACAAAAUACCCCAUAAUGUCAAAGUGGAAUUAUGUUUUUCAACACUUUAACAUUUUUAUUAAAAAUGAAAAGCUGAAAUGUCAAUAAGUAUUCACCCGUUUGUUAUGGCAAGCCUAAAUAAGUUCAGGAGUAAAAAUGUGCUUAACAGGUCACAUAAUAAGUUGCAUGGACUCACUCUGUGUGCAAUAAUAGUGUUCUACAUGAUUUUUGAAGACAUUGAAUGUUCCUGAGUGGUCCAGUUACAGUUUUGACUUAAAUCUACUUGAAAAUCUAUGGCAAGACCUGAAACUAGUUGUCUUGCAAUGAUCAACAACCAAUUUGACAGAGCUUGAAGAAUUUAGAAAAGAAUAAUGGGUAAAUGUUGCACAAUCCAGGUGUGGAAAGAUCUUAGAGACUCACAGCUGUAAUCGCUGCCAAAGGUGCUUCUACAGUGUAUUGACUCAGGGGUGUGAAUACUUUAGAUUUUUCUGUAUUUUGUUUUCAAUAAAUGUGCACAAAAAAUACGUUUUCACUUUGUCAUUAUGGGGUAUUGUGUGUAUUUCAUUUUCAAUAAAUGUGCACCAAAAAAAACAUGUUUUCACUUUGUUUAUUAUGGGGUAUUGUGUGUAGAUGGGUAAGAAAUAAAUAAUAUUUAAUCAAUUUUGAAUUCAGGCUGUAACACAACACAAUGUGGAAUAAGUCAAGGGGUAUGAAUAUUUUCUGAAGGCCCUGUAGACCCCUUUCCAAAGAGAGUUCUACAUGGAACCAAAAAGGGUUCUACCUGGAAUCAAAAAGGGUAAUCUUAUGGAGACAGCCGAAUAACCCUUUUGGAACCCUUUUUUUCUAAGAUUGUAGUGCAGUGUUUUAUAGUGUAGUAAUCUGUGUGAGUGAUGGACACAGUUGCUCCUUUUCCAAUUACAUUAGAAUGAUGGAGAUGGAUAUACGCUCACAAAGAAGACAGAGUUAUUCAGAUUACAACCACUCACUUUCAGUUAUUUGAAAAGGAAAUAAUCUCCAAGAUAUCACUAUUUCUAAAACAAGCCAUAGAAAGUUGGUUGCAAUUUCAAUUUAAUCCUCCAGAAACGACAGAACAAAUAAUGCAACAAAUAUUGUGGUUAAACUCAAAUAUACUUUUUUGACAAAAUGUUUAAAAAAGGUAUAAUCUUUGUAACUGAUAUCAUCGGUAGGACUGGUGGAGUUAUGUCGCACAUGCAGCUAACAAAAACAUAUGGAAAUGUCUGCUCUACCCAAAAUUACAACCAAAAAAUUGCAGCCUUACCGCAAAAAUGGAAAAGGAAAGUGGAAGGAGGAGAAAGUAAGGAACUUGUCUGUCGGCCUUACAUUAAAUAACAUAAUUGGUUAAGGAAAACUGUGAUAAAUAAAAAGGUAUAUCAGUUUAAUUUAAGGACCAAAGGAUUGACAGCCGUCCCAUAUAGAUUGCAAAAUAGUUGGGAAAAGAUUUUUGAAGUACCGAUCCCAUAGUGUUUAUGAACUGAUACGCAAAACGACACCGUAUUCAAAACUUAGAAUCUUUCAAUUUAAAUUAUUAUAUAAAAUUCUUGCUACCAAUAGAAUGUUAUUUAUAUGGGGGAUACAAUCUUCCCAGCUCUGCAGAUUUUGCUGCAAAGAGACAGAAUCAUUAGAUCAUUUGUUUUGGUACUGUCCAUUUGUAGCUUGUUUUUGGACACAGGUCCAGGAAUGGCUAAAGUAUUGCAAUAUUUACCUGGAGCUAACCCUGCAGAUAGCACUACUGGGUGAUCUGAAAAGUCAUAGUCAAUCGAUCAAUAACAUAAUAAUACUAUUAGCAAAAAUGUUUAUUUUCAAUUCACAAUCUGUAGAAACAAUGAGAAUAGAAAGGUUCAGAACUUUUGUAAGACAUCACAGUACAGUUGAAAUGUAUAUGGCAAAUAUAAAUCCUAUACGGAUGGUGUUAAAAGAUAGAUGGGAGGUGUUGAAUGGAAUUGAAGGAUGGGACUAAUAACAACUAACAACAAACAAUAACAAGAUAACUAAUAAUGUAGGCACGCUGUGUCCAUAAUAAGUGUAUGGGUUGUAGGUUGGGAGCUUUUGUGAAGGAUCACAGUUAGAAAGAUAUGGCAUAUAGAAGCAAACCGGAUGGACAUCAUGAAAAUGAUCGGAGAGGUUGAGAGUAGAAGAAGUUCAGGAGAAAGAACAAACAAAAUGUAAUUACUGUAAAAUUGACUGUGUCCAUAAAAUGUAGAUAGUGGGUAUGGGCUGGAAGUAGAGGCCUAGGCGUUGUUGUUCACUAGUUUACUCCAAGUGGGGAAAGGGUGGCGGGGUUGAAAAGUAAUAAAGGGGAAUAUAUAUAUAUUUUUAAAGGAUAUGGAUAUGUAUGUAUGUACAGUGAGGGAAAAAAGUAUUUGAUCCCCUGCUGAUUUUGUAUGUUUGCCCACUGACAAAGACUUGAUCAGUCUAUCAUUUUAAUGGUAGGUUUAUUUGAACAGUGAGAGACAGAAUAACAACAAAAAAAUCCAGAAAAACACAUGUCAAAAAUGUUAUAAAUUGAUUUGCAUUUUAAUGAGGGAAAUAUUAUUUGACCCCUCUGCAAAACAUGACUUAGUACUUGGUGGCAAAACCCUUGUUGGCAAUCACAGAGGUCAGACGUUUCUUGUAGAUGGCCACCAGGUCUGCACACAUCUCAGGAGGGAUUUUGUCCCACUCCUCUUUGCAGAUCUUCUCCAAGUCAUUAAGGUUUUGAGGCUGACGUUUGGCAACUCGAACAUUCAGCUCCCUCUACAGAUUUUCUAUGGGAUUAAGGUCUGAAGACUGGUUAGGCCACUCCAGGACCUUAAUGUGCUUCUUCUUGAGCCACUCCUUUGUUGCCUUGGCCGUGAGUUUUGGGUCAUUGUCAUGCUGGAAUACCCAUCCACGACUCAUUUUCAAUGCCCUGGCUGAGGGAAGGAGGUUCUCACCCAAGAUUUUGACGGUAUAUGGCCCUGUCCAUCGUCCCUUUGAUGUGGUGAAGUUGUCCUGUCCCCUUAGCAGAAGAACACCCUCAAAGCAUAAUGUUUCCACCUCCAUGUUUGACGGUGGGGAUGGUGUUCUUGGGGUCAUAGGCAGCAUUCCUCCUCCUCCAAACACAGCGAGUUGAGUUGAUGCCAAAGAGCUCGAUUUUGGUCUCAUCUGACCACAACACUUUCACCCAGUCUUUCUCUGAAUCAUUCAGAUGUUCAUUGGCAAACUUCAGACGGGCCUGUAUAUGUGCUUUCUUGAGCAGGGGCACCUUGCGGGUGCUGCAGGAUUUCAGUCCUUCACGGCGUAGUGUGUUACCAAUUGUUUUCUUGGUGACUAUGGUCCCAGCUGCCUUGAGAUCAUUGACAAGAUCCUCCCAUGUAGUUCUGGGCUGAUUCCUCACCGUUCUCAUGAUCAUUGCAACUCCAUGAGGUGAGAUCUUGCAUGGAGCCCCAGGCCGAGGGAGAUUGACAGUUAUUUUGUGUUUCUUCCAUUUGCGAAUAAUCGCACCAACUGUUGUCACCUUCUCACCAAGCUGCUUGGCGAUGGUCUUGUAGCCCAUUCCAGCCUUGUGUAGGUCUACAAUCUUGUCCCUGACAUCCUUGGAGAGCUCUUUGGUCUUGGCCAUGGUGGAGAGUUUGGAAUCUGAUUGAUUGAUUGCUUCUGUGGACAGGUGUCUUUUAUACAGGUAACAAACUGAGAUUAGGAGCACUCCCUUUAAGAGUGUGCUCCCAAUCUCAGCUUGUUACCUGUAUAAAAGACACCUGGGAGCCAGAAAUCUUUCUGAUUGAGAGGGGGUCAAAUACUUAUUUCCCUCAUUAAAAUGCAAAUAAAUUUAUAACGUUUUUGACAUGCGUUUUUCUGGAUGUUUUUGUUGUUAUUCUGUCUCUCACUGUUCAAAUAAACCUACCAUUAAAAUUAUAGACUGAUCAUUUCUUUGUCAGUGGGCAAACGUACAAAAUCAGCAGGGAUCAAAUACUUUUUUCCCUCACUGUAUGUAUGUGUGUGUGUAUGUAUGUGUACAGUGGGGGAAAAAAGUAUUUAGUCAGCCACCAAUUGUGCAAGUUCUCCCACUUAAAAAGCUGAGAGAGGCCUGUAAUUUUCAUCAUAGGUACACGUCAACUAUGACAGACAAAAUGAGAAAAAAAAGUCCAGAAAAUCACAUUGUAGGAUUUUUAAUGAAUUUAUUUGCAAAUUAUGGUGGAAAAUAAGUAUUUGGUCAAUAACAAAAGUUUCUCAAUACUUUGUUAUAUACCCUUUGUUGGCAAUGACACAGGUCAGACGUUUUCUGUAAGUCUUCACAAGUUUUUCACACACUGUUGCUGGUAUUUUGGCCCAUUCCUCCAUGCAGAUCUCCUCUAGAGCAGUGAUGUUUUGGGGCUGUCGCUGGGCAACACAUACUUUCAACUCCCUCCAAAGAUUUUCUAUGGGGUUGAGAUCUGGAGACUGGCUAGGCCACUCCAGGACCUUGAAAAGCUUCUUACGAAGCCACUCCUUCGUUGCCCGGGCGGUGUGUUUGGGAUCAUUGUCAUGCUGAAAGACCCAGCCACGUUUCAUCUUCAAUGCCCUUGCUGAUGGAAGGAGGUUUUCACUCAAAAUCUCACGAUACAUGGCCCCAUUCAUUCUUUCCUUUACAUGGAUCAGUCGUCCUGGUCCCUUUGCAGAAAAACAGCCCCAAAGCAUGAUGUUUCCACCCCCAUGCUUCACAGUAGGUAUGGUGUUCUUUGGAUGCAACUCAGCAUUCUUUGUCCUCCAAACACGACGAGUUGAGUUUUUACCAAAAAGUUAUAUUUUGGUUUCAUCUGACCAUAUGACAUUCUCCCAAUCCUCUUCUGGUUCAUCCAAAUGCACUCUAGCAAACUUCAGACGGGCCUGGACAUGUACUGGCUUAAGCAGGGGGACACGUCUGGCACUGCAGGAUUUGAGUCCAUGGCGGCAUAGUGUGUUACUGAUGGUAGGCUUUGUUACUUUGGUCCCAGCUCUCUGCAGAUCAUUCACUAGGUCCCGCUGUGUGGUUCUGGGAUUUUUGCUCACCGUUCUUGUGAUCCUUUUGACCCCACGGGGUGAGAUCUUGCGUGGAGCCCCAGAUCGAGGGAGAUUAUCAGUGGUCUUGUAUGUCUUCCAUUUCCUAAUAAUUGCUCCCACAGUUGAUUUCUUCAAACCAAGCUGCUUACCUAUUGCAGAUUCAGUCUUCCCAGCCUGGUGCAGGUCUACAAUUUUGUUUCUGGUGUCCUUUGACAGCUUUUUGGUCUUGGCCAUAGUGGAGUUUGGAGUGUGACUGUUUGAGGUUGUGGACAGGUGUCUUUUAUACUGAUAACAAGUUCAAACAGGUGCCAUUAAUACAGGUAAUGAGUGGAGGACAGAGGAGCCUCUUAAAAGAAGAAGUUACAGGUCUGUGAGAGACAGAAAUCUUGCUUGUUUGUAGGUGACCAAAUACUUAUUUUCCACAAUAAUUUGCAAAUCAAUUCAUUAAAAAUCCUACAAUGUGAUUUUCUGGAAAAAAAAUUCUCAAUUUGUCUGUCAUAGUUGACGUGUACCUAUGAUGAAAAUUACAGGCCUUCUUUUUUAUACAAAAAAAAACAUGGGGGAUUGGAAGUGAUGCAGACAAUUACAUUGAUGGAAGUUACAAUCUAUCUGCAAUAUUAACCUGAUCUACCCCCAAGAAAAAAAAGAAGAAAAAAAAUAAAUAAAAAAGAAGACAUAGUUAUAGCCUCACAGAGAGAGCAGGAAGGGGAGGAGGGGGGGGGGGGGGGGGUAGAGAUAAGGAGAGGGAAUCAGAGAGAGAUUUACAGAAGGAGAGAAUUAUAACUAGAGAGAGAGAAAGAUAACCAAGCAAAGAAAGAGACAGAGAAAAAGAUGAAUGCUAUAUUUCUAACUAUGAAGAGAUUGAGCGAAAGUCAGAGAGAGAGAAAGAGAGGGUGAAAAAGAGAGAGCGAUAGCAGUAACAGAAAGAGAGGUUGAGUUAUGACUCACACCUCCAGUGGUGCCAGCAGAGUGGACCCCUUCAGGGCUGGAGCCAGACGCACACAGACGCACACAGACACACACCCAUCCACACUCAGGCCUGGGGCCAGACCAAGUGUCGUCCCUGUGACAGACGGCACUGCCCUCACCUCCAUUAAAUAGUAAAGACCUCUCACUGCCCAAACCACCCGACACCCUGACAAACACACACACACAGACACAAACACACUCACACAGAGACCGACCCGCACUCACACAAACACACACACACAUGUCUGCAAGCCGAGUAGUCGAGAGCAGCCAGGGAGGAAAGUUAAACUAAUGAUUCCGAUCGCCUCGUUUUACUGGCAGUUUGUAGAGAACACGAUACAGCAGGACCGUUACAACACACACACAGGUUUGAAUCUGGGUUAUGAGAGAGAGAGAGAGAGAGAGAGAGAGAGAGAGAGAGAGAGAGAGAGAGGUUACAGGCCUGUAGUGGGUGGACUAGAUGAUGGAGAGGGAAAUGAGACCUAGCAUUACUGUUACUGUACAUUUAUAGGAGUUACACAAUCACAUGAAUCACUGGUAUACUGUAAGUGUUUAUAGUUAGGAGGUUAGGGUUGUGACUAAUGCACAUGCCUAUUCCACUGCAGUCUGUUAGAUACUAUUGAGUGUCGGUGCGAGCGCAUGUGUGUGUGUUGAGUAUACAGUAACUGUAUUAUGCCCUUGCUGUUGAUACUGUUCAUCAGGAAUAUAGCGCCUUCAUAAUAAUAUUAGUACUACCACGCCAGAGGGUGGUGUCCUAUUACUGCAGGAUGCUAGGUGUGUGUGUGUGUGUGUGUGCGUGUGCGUGUUUGUGUGUAUGUGUAUGUGGUACAACGUGGCAUAAAAAUGCUUGUCUCUAUGUGUGUCAAAUCCAUAACUCACUGCAUGCCCAUUGUCAUUUAUUGUAAAGUAGCAGAAAGGCAUACAUUAUUCACAGACAGAGGGACAGACAGACAGACACACGUGCCACCCCAGUGAAAUUACUAAAGAGCUGGAGCAGCGUGUGUGGGGCGCUGAUAACACACACAUAUAUACACACACACUCUCUAUCUCUGUCUCUCACACACACACACACACACACACACACACACACACACACACACACACACACACACUCACUCACUCAUUCACACUCUGAUAAACCCUGCUAAAUCCUUGCGCAGCCUAGAGGCUGCCUGCCACGGCGAGGCUGGAUUAUUAUUGACUCGUUUUAACCGGUAGACAUUUUUAUUCUAGUGCGACACUCUCUCAUUCUUACGCACUCUCUCUCUGUCUCUCUUUGUCUCUCUGUCUCUCUGUCUCUCUGUCUCUCUCUCUCUCUAUCUCUCUCUCUCUCUCUCUCUCUCUCUCUCUCUCUCUCUCUCUCUCUCUCUCUCUCUCUCUCUCUCUCUCUCUCUCUCUCUCUCUCUCUCUCUCUCAAUUCAAUUCAAGGGGCUUUAUUGGCAUGGUAAACAUAUGUUUACAUUGCCAAAGCAAGUGAAAUAGAUAAUAAAUUAAAAGUGAAAUAAACAAUAAAAAAUGGUCAGUUAACAUUACACUCACAAAAGUUCCAAAAGAAUAAAGACUUUUCAAAUGUCAUAUUAUGUCUAUACAUUGUUGAAAUGAUGUGCAAAUAGUUAAAGUAAAAAAGGGAAAAUAAAUAAACAUAAAUAUGGGUUGUAUUUACAAUGGUGUUUGUUCUUUACUGGUUGCCCUUUUCUUGUGGCAACAGGUCACAAAUCUUGCUGCUGUGAUUGCACACUGUGGUAUUUCACCCAAUAGAUAUGGGAGUUUAUCAAAAUUGGAUUUGUUUUUGUAUUCUUUGUGGGUCUGUGUAAUCUGAGGGAAAUAUGUGUCUCUAAUAUGGUCAUACAUUUGGCAGGAGGUCAGGAAGUGCAGCUCAGUUUCCACCUCAUUUUGUGGGCAGUGUGCACAUAGCCUAUUUUCUCUUGAGAGCCAGGUCUGCCUAUGGUGACCUUUCUCAAUAGCAAGGCUAUGCUCACUGAGUCUGUACAUAGUCAAAGCUUUCCUUAAUUGUGGGUCAGUUACUGUGGUUAGGUAUUCUCUCUCUCUCUCGCUCUCUCUCUCUCUCUCUCUCUCUCUCUCUCUCUCUCUCUCUCUCUCUCUCUCUCUCUCUCUCUCUGUCUCUCAAUUCAAUUCAAUUUCAAUUUCAAUUUAAGGGCUUUAUUGGCAUGGGAAAUGUAUGUUAACAUUGCCAAAGCAAGUGAAGUAGAUAGUAAACAAAAGUGAAAUAAACAAUUAAUAUUAACAUUAAACAUUACACUCAGAAGUUCCAAAAGAAUAAAGACAUUUCAAAUGUCAUAUUAUGUAUAUAUACAGUGUUGUAACAAUGUGCAAAUAGUUAAAGUACAAAUGGGAAAAUAAAUAAACAUAAAUAUGGCUAAUGGUCGCUCUGGCUAAUGAUGGUCUUUAAUGAUGCCAAGGCUUAAGCUCAGCAGACUAACACAGUGUGAUGCACAGGAGACCCAGGUUCAAAUCUAGGUGGUCUGUCUCUCUCACACACACAACACACACAAGAGAGAUCCUGUAUCGCCUCUACAGUGUGUGGAACAAUCUGUAACUGGACUCUCUGGUCCCUCUCAGGUCCGCCAGAUCGCCUGUCCUCUGGAUACACACAGACACCCUGUCAUCUCUGUUUUAUGAGGCAGCCUGGCCUCAGAGUCAUACGUAACAUAGUUUACGUAUUUCUGGGCACCUCCAAGAUGUAUUAAACCUACUAAUGGUCUAGUUACUUUAGACAGAAACGAAAUGGGCGUAAUCCACGAUCGAUCCAAAAGUUGCAUGUUCGAGGCACGUCAGGGACCACUGUAGCAAUUUAGCUAAUACUUCCCCUAACCCUUCUUCUAAACUUAAUCCAAUUCACCUAAUCUGCUACGUAAAUUCCCCUAACCUUUCAUCUAAAUUAUCCUAUACUUUGUAGUCAGUUCACCAAACCACCAAUGUAAAUUCUCCCCAUAAUUCUCCUUUGUUGUUACAACGCAACAAGCAACCUGGUCUAUACUAUACAUCCUCCAAGAUGUAUGACAAUUUACAUCAUCCAAUUCGUAUGCUAUUGUAUGAAUGGAUAAGAUGUAUGAUACUAUAUAUCCUCAGAUUCGUAUGAUAUUGUACAACCGCUAUUCCAUUCAUAAUGUAACCUAACAUACUACUGAAUGGAAUGUCACAGAAUAAUACGAAUUGCCCAGAGACCACGUUGUAUGGAGAGACAGAAAUAGGAAACACCUGGUUACGUCACUAUGGGGCAAACAUAGUCAACUUGUGUGAGCGAAUCACACACGGUCUAACGGACUCCUGACACACACACACACACACAGACACAGGGCACACAGCCCCCUCCCAUCACUAUUUCUAUCUACACAGCUGCAUAAAAGAGAGAGAGAGAGAGAGACGGGUGGAGAGAGCAGCGCGCACACACAACACAUGCAGGCAGAACAGCCGAGAAGGCAGAAAAGGACGCACGCACUUCCAGUCACACUCUGGAAUAACGGAUUAGCCAGUGACAUAGCGAGGCAGACGGUGAUUAUUAGGCUACUACAUCUCCAUUCAAAACAGGCGGUUUACUAGUACAUACAAAUCUCUUUUAUAGGAACCGGGAGGAAUCGCGUCCUGGAAUUUUAUGCAUUUCACCAUCCAGCAGUUUGGAAAAAAACAAACAAUGCUUUCUGACGGCGACAACUAAUUGACAAGGAUGACAUACCGAGGCAAUGACAGAAAAGAGCGACUGAGCCUCUCUCUUUUAUCUCAUCUUUCUCUCCUCUCUCUUCUCUCCUUUCACGAGAAUCUGAGCCCGAUAAGCCUUAACGAUUCUCACUCACCACGCGACCAGCGUCCGUCAGUAGGGUCACCUUCGGAAUUAACGCGGGCUUCUUGUGGGCGUGCGUGGCGUGCGUUAGAGUGAGUGAGUGACCGAUAGCCUUUUGGAGAGAGAAAAAAAGAGAGAGUCUGGAUUUAAGCACGAUCCAACCCUCCAGACAGCAACAGAAGCAGCAGCGGGAGCCGGUCCUCCAGAGUAGCCGUCUGGACUCACCCCCAGUCCCGCAGCCCCAUGCAGGAUGCCCGGGGGGGAGCGCUGGUCCUGGGGUAUCCUCCUGGUCCUGCUCAGCCAGAGUUCAUGACGCCCUGGUUGGCUUCAUCAUGCGUCUCCUGCCCGCUCCAAGCUCCCAAUCCCUCCGGCUACUCUUUCUCUUUAUCUUCGUGAUGGGGGUUGCCCCUUACCCGGCACUCACGGCAGGAUGCCCAGACAGGUGUGUGUGUGACGACCAGCUGGUGGUCCAAUGCGCUGGGCAGGAGCUCACCCUCUUCCCCAACGACCUCCCUCUAGCCACCCGCCAACUCAUCAUUUCCAACAACCGCAUCGGAGAACUUCCAGCAUUACAACUCAACUACCUGUCUGAUCUGGUCUACCUGGACGUCAGCAACAACACCCUGACGGAGAUCUCCGAGUCCACCUUCGGGAAUCUCCGAAAGCUGGCCUACCUUGACCUGUCCUUCAAUACACUAACCCAGAUUGAGGACCGGACUUUUGGACCGUUGUCAAGCCUCGUGAUGCUACGGCUAACAGACAAUCUGGGGCUAAAUGAGAUCCACCCGGACGCGUUCUCAGAAAACAUUGCUCUGCAGGUGCUGGAUGUUAGUAGGAACAACCUGACGACGCUGAACAUCAGCUCUCUGAUCGCCCUGCCCUCCCUGCGUUCCCUGGGGCUCAGCGGUAACCCUUGGAUGUGUGACUGUGAGACGGAGGACCUCUGCCUCUGGGUCCAGAUAGAAGGAUUCAAGUUCCAAGGUGAGAAUGGGGAUGGAGCAGUUGGGGGGACUCUGUGUGUGUGUGUGUGUGUGUGUGUGUCUGUGGACCACUGUCCCUGUGUACAGAAAGCAGGAUUCAAGUUGUUUUAUGUUUGUUUAUAGAGUAUGGGUGACCUGUGCCAGUGUCUUGCUCAUGUGCUUCUAUAAAUCUCACGUUAUCACUGUCUUUAAUUCAGCAGCAAUAAACGUCCAGUUUGACAGAUGCUCAGAUAAAGUGCAGUCCUAAUACUCAGGUGGUGAGUUAUUAGGCCUGUAGCUUAGACUGUUGGCCAGCACCAUGUGUUUUGUUAUUGUACCAUUCUAGCGAGUAAACAGGCAGUUGUCCUCUGCUGGGACGGCGACCCAGCGACGCUCCAAGGUCUUAUCACUGCUUAUCGUCACAUCAACUCAUUUAGCUAAUUUGAUGGUGGGCGCUCAGUCAAUAGUCCCUGAUGGACGGUUCACUCCGCUCUCUGCUCCCUGCAAGGCACGCCAGCCCUGUUAUCACAACACACGCACACGCACACGCACACACACACACACACACACACACACACACACACACACACACACACACACACACACACACACACACACACACACAGAGUCAGAGCUAGAGCCUGAGCCAGAUUGAAUAAUGUCACAGUAGCACAGGGUCCACAGUAAUGGAUUGGCCUCAAAGUCACAAUGAUCAGAGGACUUCAACACCCCACACACACUCACUCCUACCUCCCCCAUGGCAGGAGAAAGCACAGAACGGAAAGAGAGCGAGCGGGAGACAGACAGGAGCUAAGCAAAGGGCAGAACACGAGAGCGAAGAGAAAAGCGACAGAAACAAGAGGAGCUACAGAAGCCGAUUCGAAAACUCUCACCACCUCACACCCUCUUCUCUCCCUCUCCUCCCCACUCCCUCCUUCUCUCCCUCUCCUCUCUCUAACCUCCACAUCACACAAAUAACUCUCCCAAAACUCUGCAGAGAUGCAGACGUAUUCAUUCUUAAUGUCUAUUGACUUUUCACACUAUCUACGCCAAGAGCAGGACAGAGAGGAGCCUACAACGACAUUAUCACUUCUGCUGUCAGUCAGUUAGCCUACUCUCAAAAUAGGAGCCUACUGAUUUAGGUCUACUAAAGAGAGUAGAACAUAUAUAACAGUCCUACUCACUGGAGGAUAGUAGUCUAAUUACUGACACUCAGAUCAGUGGAGCAUCCCACCAUGCAUCUGCUAUGUGAGACUACUACAAUAGUCUUCAUGAAGAGGAUUUAGCCUAUUGGCACAGGUGGAAAGUCAGGGUUCCAGGUUCAAGCCUGUAAGUUGCUCUGGAUAAGAGCGUCUGCUAAAUGACUGAAAUGUAAAUGUAAAUGUAAGCCUGGCUGUACAUCUGAGAGGCCAGGGUAGAGGUACAGUAUUGACUAUGUCCACAGUCAGUGUCAGCAGACCUCUCUAUCUUUAUCUGUGAUUCGGUCCUCUCCUCUCACCUCUAUCUCAAAACUCAUCAUUUCGUCGUUAUUAUUUCCCGAUGGUUAUCGAUGCGUCCACGCGUAAAAUCUGAGCGAGAGAUAUAUCGCUAGAAAUAGAGGAGAGAGAGAGCGAGCGAUAGAGAGAGACUAGAGCGAGCUAUCUCUUCUAUCCAUAUCUCUCUUAUCUCUAUCUAGCUUCUCAUCUCUCUCCUAUCUCUCUCUCUCUCUCUCUCUCUCUCUCUCUCUCUGUCUCUUUCAGUGCCUGUGUCAGUGUUUGUCCAAGUGCCGUAUGCUGUAGUCACUCUGGCUAAUGAUGGUCUUUAGACAGGCCGGACCCUCACACUGCAUACAGUUUUGUAAGAGUAGCAUGUGUGUGUGUGUGUGUGUGUGUGUGUGUGUGUCUGUAUGUGUGUGUGUGAUUCAAUCCACCCUAGCGUGUGUGAGUCAGUGUGUGAGGGGUCUCUGGUUGAGGAGACCCUGAGGAGGAGAACCUUUGGGAGAGGGGGAGGAGAGGAGAGGAGAGGGGGAGGAGAGGAGAAGGGGAGGAGGAGAACAUAGAGAAAGGAGUGGAGGGGAAAGCAAUGAGCUGGCUGGUGAACCUCAACCCUUCUUUGACCCCUCACUCUCCAUGCACCUGCAUCAGGUCCUGGUUACAGGGAGUCACUGGUACCUUGAACUAGACCAGACACCAUGGCAGAGAAAGAGGGGAUGAGACUUUAUUUUUGUACAGUAAUUUUGAGAUGAAGCAUCUCUCCCUUCUCCUUCUUCUCUCCCUCCUGUAGUAUGGGAUGACAUGGAUGUCUAUUGAUAUGGCAGCCAUAUCAUGUACACUAACCAGAGUGACAGUUGGGAGAGAGGGAAUGGGGUCAGGAGAAGAGGGAGAGAGAGAGAGGGUGUGUGUGCGUUUGCGUGUGUGUGUUUGACAGGGGUCGGUGUACGUGACUGUGUGUCCUCUGUCUCAUGUUAUGACUGCAGGGCUGAUAGUGUAAUGUGUCGUUAGCUUUUACUCUGAGUGUGUGUGUGUUUGUGUGUCUGUGUGUGCGUGCGUGUUUGUUCCACCUGGGCUCCCGAUGCUCUAACACGAUUACUCAGAGCCCAUUUAGAGCGUGUCCCCUCCCCCUUCCUUCUCCCUCUCCUCCUCUCCUCUCCCCUCUCCUUCCCUCCUCCCCUCCCCUCCUCUCACUACUGCAUGCUAUGAAAGAGACCAUAGCCACAUGAAGUAGGGGUGCUGGUAAAUAAUAAUAAUAACAUAAAUUAUAUACAGUACCAGUCAAAAGUUUGGACACACCUAUUCAUUCAAGGGUUUUUCUUUAUUUUAACUAUUUUCUACAUUGUAGAAUAAUAGUGAAGACAUCAAAACUAUGAAAUAACACACAUGGAAUCAUGUAGUAACCAAAAAAGUGUUAAACAAAUCAAAAUAUAUUUUAUAUUUGAGAUUCUUCAAAGUAGCCACCCUUUGCCUUGAUGACAGCUUUGCACACUCUGUCAGAGGCUGAUGUGGAUGCGGUGUUGGAGUCAGGCGCAGGACACAGAAGCUUAGUCGAUCCGACUUUAAUAGUCACAGAGGCAAAAUACAAAACAACGGGCCUCAACAAACAGGAGGCGAGCGAUUACGCAAACAGUGCGUAAAGUGCGUAAAGCACGAACAACAAGAAAACAAUAAACCUACACCAACGGACAGGCGUACAACAACACACAACUACAAACAAAACCAAAGGAAACUUAUAGGUGACAUAAUCAAUACAUGAUAUGAAACAGGUGCACCAACCAUACAAAACCAAACAAACAUAGAGAACAUCAAACGGUAGCAGCUAGUUCUCCGGGGACGACGAACGCCGAAGCCUGCCCGAACAAGGAGGAGGAGCAGUCUCGGCGGAAUUCGUGACACACUCCUGGCUUUUUCUCAAUCAGCUUCACCUGGAAUGCUUUUCCAACAGUCUUGAAGGAGUUCCCACAUAUGCUGAGCACUUGUUGGCUCAUUUUCCUUCACUCUGCGGUCCAACUAAUCCCAAACCAUCUCAAUUGGGUUGAGGUUGGGGGAUUGUGGAGGCCAGGGCAUCUGAUGCAGCACUCUAUCACUCUCCUUUUUGGUCAAAUAGCCCUUACACAGCCUGGAGGUGUGUUGGGUCAUUGUCCUGUUGAAAAAUAAAUUAUAGUCCCACUAAGCGCAAACCAGAUGGGAUGGCGUAUCGCUGCAGAAUGCUGUGGUAGUGUCACGCCCUGACUCAGGGGACGCUUAAAUGUUGAGUCAGGGUGUGUAUGUUCUAUGUUGGGUAUUUCUAUGUUGGUGUUCUAUUAUGUGUAUUUCUUUGUUGGCCGGUGUGGUUCCCAAUCAGAGGCAGCUGUCGCUCGUUGUCUCUGAUUGGGGACCAUACUUAGGCAGCCUAUUGGCACUAGUGGGUUGUGGGUUCUUUUUCCAUGUUAGGUAUGUUGUUUGUGUACCUUGGACUUCACAUUUCGUUUCUUGUUUUGUCAUUGUGUUUAAUAGUCAAAUAAACAUGUAAGCAUAUCACGCUGCGCCUUGGUCCGUCCCGUCGAUGAACGAACGUGACAGAAGAUCCCACCAAACGAGGACCAAGCAGCGUGCCCAGGAAGAGCGAAUUGCCAUGUCACAGGUGGGCAAAUGGUGGUCAUGGGAGGAGAUAUUUGCGGAGAAAGGGCCAUGGGCAAAGGUAGAUGCCCAGGCAGGAGAGGAGCAACGGCAGCACAGAGGAAGCCGGUCGAGGAAGAAGCCAGAGAGACAGCCCCAAUACAUUUUUUUGGGAGGGCUAAGAGGGUGGUUGGCGGAGCCUAGGGUUAGAGCAGAGCCAACUCCCCGUACUCACACGAGAAGGCGUAUGACUGGGCAAGCUCCAUGUUAUGCGGAGCUACAUACUGUGUCGCCAGUGCGCCGGCACAGUCCUGUACGUCCUGUGCUUGCACCACGCACGUGCCGUGCGAAGAUGGGCAUCCAGCCAGGACGGGGUGUGCCGGCUCAACACUCCUGGUCUCCAGUACGCCUCCUCGGUCCCGCGUAUCCUGCGCCAGUUCUACGAGCUGUAUCGCCAGUGCGCGUGCACAGCCCAGUGCGUCCUGUGCCAGCGCCCCGCACGUGUAGUGCGAAAGUGGGCAGCCAGCCAGGACGGGUUGUGCCAGCUCUCCGCUCCAGACCUCCAGUCCGCCUUCGCAGUCCGGUCCGGCCCGUUCCUGCUCCUCGCACCAGGCCAGUGGUGCGCUUCGCCAGCCCGGCCCGGCCUGUUCCUGCUCCUCGCACCAAGCCAGUGGUGCGCGUCGCCAGCCCGGCCCGGCCUGUUCCUGUCCCUCGCACCAAGCCAGUGGUGCGCGUCGCCAGUCCGGCCCGGCCUGUUCCUGCCCCUCGCACCAAGCCAGUGGUGCGCGUCGCCAGUCCGGCCCGGCCUGUUCCUGCCCCUCGCACCAAGCCAGUGGUGCGCGUCGCCAGUCCGGCCCGGCCCGUUCCUGCUCCUCGCAUCAAGCCAGUGGUGCGCGUCGCCAGUCCGGCCCGGCCCGUUCCUGCUCCUCGCACCAAGUAGGGCUAUCUUCUGUAUUUGUGGAAUUUCUUUCCUUCUUAAUGCAUUUGAGCCAAUCAGUUGUGUUGUGAGAAGGUAGGGGCAGUGGCGGCUCCUGAAAAAAUUCUCAGGGGGGGCAAUUUUUCUGAUGAUUUAGGUGACCUACACACAUUUUAAAAAAGAUAUGUCCAGCAACAACAUGAAGACAGGGGCAGCAUAUAAGUCAAUACCAGAAGCAUUUAUUGACUGAUCUCAAAAGUGUUGGCUUACCAGGGUUGGUGGAGCCCUCAGUUUCAUCUUUGCCUCGCAAAGCUAACUCAAACACUCCGCAAAACUUCACACACUGGAUUAGCCGGCUGAGGAUGUGGCGGUUCUUGCUAAUGUCGUAGUAAAUAUAUUUGUUAUAGUGAAUAUGGAAUAUGAUAUGUUGAGUAAAAUGUUGUGCUAAGAUCUAUUUAGGUCAGGAGCUGGUUAUAAGUUCUGUUCCUAUCCAAUAACAAUGGACAAAAGGGUCCUAUCUUGUCAGCCUUGUCAGUUUCAGUUCUCCAGUAAACUUGUGAUUAUCAACACUAACCUCAUCGUUGUGGCGGCGGACAGCUAGCCUGUAUCCCUCAUCCAGUUGAGUGGGAAUGUUCACUCUCCCCAAAGCAGACAAUCUCAAACAGCUAUCCAUGUGGGUCUUUGACAGCUCAUGUUUCUUAAUCUUUCCUGAAAGAUGGUGCAUGUCCGUUACACACCAGUCGCUGUCCAAGCGGUGCUGUCUGCCGUGCCACCUUCAGGAUGAAAGAGUAAGCAGGGGGUAGCAGAAGACUGCAUUAGCUACAUCGCAGCCUGCUAGCCAGGUUUUUCGUUCGUACCAAUUUUUGGAAAAUCCUCGGGUGUAGGACUUCCCCCCUUUAGUAGAAACCUGUUGAAUUAUUAAAUUUGGUCUGGGAGGUCCUAAUUGUUUCGUUGCCAAUUUAUCUUCAUUUGUUCGCCGACAAAAAGGAACUUCUUUCAAAGACACAAUCGAGUUGCACUGAAGCCUAGCCAUUUUGAUAGAAGUAGUGAAUUGAUUGACGCUGCUACCUGCUCUUUUCUUAGUUACGUUCAUGGUUAUAUGUUACGUAUGACGAAAGCGCGUAAGUGCAAGCCCUCAGAAACCCAUAGAGAUUGUAUUGAAAGCUCUGAUAUUUGAAAAAAAUAGAUUUUACAUGGGAGUCUAUGACAGACUUCUGGGCGAUUUUCAACCUGACUGAAAUCGCCCCAAAAGGGGGGGGGGCCAUUUGAAGCACGACUUUAGCCUGAUUGGACAUUUAGUGGCACUGUGGCAGAUCAGACGUCUAGAUUACAACACUGAUAACUACUGUUGCUGUGAUAUAAUUGAUUAGAAAAAAAAAACCUUCCUUUUCCCGUUUGGCAGUGCGUCGCCCAUAUCGCCCUAUUGAACACACCGCCCCUGGGUAGGGGGGCUACCUUGUCACAACACAACUAAUUGGCCCAAACGCAUUAAGAAGGAAAGAAAUUCCACAAAUUAACUUUUAACAAGGCACACCUGUUAAUUGAAAUGCAUUCCAGGUGACUACCUCAUGAAUCUGGUUGAGAGAAUGCCAAUAGUGUGCAAAGCUAUCAUCAAGGCAAAGGGUGGUUACUUUGAAGAAUCUCAAAUAUAAUAUAUAUUUUGAUUUGUUUAACACUUGUUUGGUUACUACAUGAUUCCAUAUGUGUUAUUUCAUAGUUUUGAUGUCUUCACUAUUAUUCUGCAAUGUAAAAAAUAGUAAAAAAAUAAAGAAAAACCCUGGAAUGAGUAGGUGUGUCCACACUUUUGACUGGUACUGUAUAUAUACAGUGAGGGAAAAAAGUAUUUGAUCCCCUGCUGAUUUUGUACGUUUGCCCACUGACAAAGACAUGAUCAGUCUAUAAUUUUAAUGGUAGGUUUAUUUGAACAGUGAGAGACAGAAUAACAACAAAAAAAUCCAGAAAAACGCAUGUCAAAAAUGUUAUGAAUUGAUUUGCAUUUUAAUGAGGGAAAUAAGUAUUCGACCCCUCUGCAAAACAUGACUUAGUACUUGGUGGCAAAACCCUUGUUGGCAAUCACAGAGGUCAGACGUUUCUUGUAGAUGGCCACCAGGUUUGCACACAUCUCAGGAGGGAUUUUGUCCCACUCCUCUUUGCAGAUCUUCUCCAAGUCAUUAAGGUUUUGAGUGUGACGUUUGGCAACUUGAACCUUCAGCUCCCUCCACAGAUUUUCUAUGGGAUUAAGGUCUGGAGACUGGCUAGGCCACUCCAGGACCUUAAUGUGCUUCAUCUUGAGCCACUCCUUUGUUGCCUUGGCCGUGUGUUUUGGGUCAUUGUCAUGCUGGAAUACCCAUCCACGACUCAUUUUCAAUGCCCUGGCUGAGGGAAGGAGGUUCUCACCCAAGAUUUGACAGUACAUGGCCCCGUCCAUUGUCCCUUUGAUGCGGUGAAGUUGUCCUGUCCCCUUAGCAGAAAAACACCCCCAAAGCAUAAUGUUUCCACCUCCAUGUUUGACGGUGGGGAUGGUGUUCUUGGGGUCAUAGGCAGCAUUCCUCCUCCUCCAAACACGGCGAGUUGAGUUGAUGCCAAAGAGCUCAAUUUUGGUCUCAUCUGACCACAACACUUUCACCCAGUUCUCCUCUGAAUCAUUCAGAUGUUCAUUGGCAAACAUCAGAUGGGCCUGUAUAUGUGCUUUCUUGAGCAGGGGGAUCUUGCGGGUGCUGCAGGAUUUCAGUCCUUCACGGCGUAGUGUGUUACCAAUUGUUUUCUUGGUGACUAUGGUCCCAGCUGCCUUGAGAUCAUUGACAAGAUCCUCCCGUGUAGUUCUGGGCUGAUUCCUCACCGUUCUCAUGAUCAUUGCAACUCCACGAGGUAAGAUCUUGCAUGGAGCCCCAGGCCGAGGGAGAUUGACAGUUAUUUUGUGUUUCUUCCAUUUGCGAAUAAUCGCACCAACUGUUGUCACCUUCUCACCAAACUGCUUGGCGAUGGUCUUGUAGCCCAUUCCAGCCUUGUGUAAGUCUACAAUCUUGUCCCUGACAUCCUUGGAGAGCUCUUUGGUCUUGGCCACGGUGGAGAGUUUGGAAUCUGAUUGAUUGAUUUCUUCUGUGGACAGGUGUCUUUUAUACAGGUAACAAGAUGAGAUUAGGAGCACUCCCUUUAAGAGUGUGUUCCUAAUCUCAGCUCGUUACCUGUAUAAAAGACACCUGGGAGCCAGAAAUCUUUCUGAUUGAGAGGGGGUCAAAUACUUAUUUCCCUCAUUAAAAUGCAAAUCAAUGUAUAACAUUUCUGACAUGAGUUUUUCUGGAUUUUUUGGUUGUUAUUCUGUCUCUCACUGUUCAAAUAAACCUACCAUUAAAAUUAUAGACUGAUCAUUUCUUUGUCAGUGGGCAAACGUACAAAAUCAGCAGGGGAUCAAAUACUUUUUUCCCUCACUGUAAAUAUAAAAGGCCUUUAUUACUCCUGCAUUAUUACAUACAGCCGGAAAUAACUUUUGGAUAUCAGAGCGGCGGUAACUCACCAGCAUUUAGACCAGAAAUAUAACUUUCCUGAAUUGGAUGCUUUGUUCGUACCCCCCAAGAUGAUUGAACUUAUCCCAGAGGCUGCUCCAAGACGCCGCCGGAGGAGAAGAGGUAUUCAGAGUGGACUUUUAGUCCGACUCAGGAGGCGUGCACACCAUCCACCGCUUCUGAGUAUAUUACUUGCUAAUGUUCAGUCCUUGGACAAUAAAGUAGACGAACUCAGGGCGAGGAUCUCCAUCCAGUGAGACAUCAGGGACGGUAAGAUACUCUGUUUAUGGAAUCAUAGCUCUUUCCGGUUAUACAGUCCCAAUCCAUACAGCCAGCUGUGUUCUCAGUACAUCGUGCAGAUAGGAAUAAAGAACUCUUCGGGAAGAAGAAAGGCGGAGGUGUAUGUUUCAUGAUUAACUACUCAUGGUGUGAUUGUGGUAACGUACAUGAACUCAAGUCCUUUUGUUCACCUGACCUAGAAUACCUCACAAUCAAACGCCAACCGCAUUACCUCCCGAGAUAAUUUUAUUCGGUCAUCGUCACAGCCGUGUAUAUUCCCCCUCAAGCCGAUACCACGACGGCUCUCAAGGACCUACACUGGACUUUGUGCAAACUGGAAACCGCAUAUCCUGAGGCCGCAUUUAUUGUAGCUGAGGACUUUAAUAAAGCAAAAAUCUGAGGAAAACGCUACCAAAUUUUUAUCAACACAUUGCCUGCAAUACUUGCACUUCAAAAACUCUCGACCAUUGUUACUCUCCCUUCCGGGAUGGCUACAAGGCCCUCCCCUGCCCUCCCUUUGGCAAAUCAGAUAAGGACUCCAUUCUGCUCCUCCCUUCCUAUAGGCAGAAACUCAAACAGGAAGUACCCGUGCUAAGGGCUAUUCAACGCUGGUCUGACCAAUCGGAAUCCAUGCUUCAAGAUUGUUUUGAUCACGCAGAAUGGGAUAUGUUCCAGGUUGCCUCUGAGAAUAAUAUUGACGUAUACACUGACACGGUGACUGAGUGUAUAGGGAAUGUGUAUAGGGGAUGUUGUUCCCACUGUGACGAUUAAAACCUAUCCAAACUAAAAACAUGGCUAUAUGGCAGCAUUUGCGCAAAACUGAAAGCACGAACCACCACAUUUAACCACGGCAAGUUGACUGGGGAUAUGGUCGAAUACAGACAGUCCAGUUAUGCCCUCCGUAAGGCAAUCAAACAGGCAAACGGUCAGUACAGAGACAAAGUGGAGUCACAAUUCAAUGACUCAGAUAUGAGACAUACAGUGAGGGAAAAAAGUAUUUGAUCCCCUGCUGAUUUUGUACGUUUGCCCACUGACAAAGACAUGAUCAGUCUAUAAUUUUAAUGGUAGGUUUAUUUGAACAGUGAGAGAUAGAAUAACAACAAAAAAAUCCAGAAAAACGCAUGUCAAAAAUGUUAUAAAUUGAUUUGCAUUUUAAUGAGGGAAAUAAGUAUUUGACCCCUCUGCCAAACAUGACUUAGUACUUGGUGGCAAAACCCUUGUUGGCAAUCACAGAGGUCAGACGUUUCUUGUAGUUGGCCACCAGGUUUGCACCCAUCUCAGGAGGGAUUUUGUUCCACUCCUCUUUGCAGAUCUUCUCCAAGUCAUUAAGGUUUCAAGGCUGACGUUUGGCAACUCGAACCUUCAGCUCCCUCCACAGAUUUUCUAUGGGAUUAAGGUCUGGAGACUAGCUAGGCCACUCCAGGACCUUAAUGUGCUUCUUCUUGAGCCACUCCUUUGUUGCCUUGGCCGUGUGUUUUGGGUCAUUGUCAUGCUGGAAUACCCAUCCAUGACCCAUUUUCAAUGCCCUGGCUGAGGGAAGGAGGUUCUCACCCAAGAUUUGACGGUACAUGGCGCCGUCCAUCGUCCCUUUGAUGCAGUGAAGUUGUCCUGUCCCCUUAGCAGAAAAACACCCCCAAAGCAGAAUGUUUCCACCUCCAUGUUUGACGGUGGGGAUGGUGUUCUUGGGGUCAUAGGCGGCAUUCCUCCUCCAAACACGGUGAGUUGAGUUGAUUCCAAAGAGCUCGAUUUUGGUCUCAUCUGACCACAACACUUUCACCCAGUUCUCCUCUGAAUCAUUCAGAUGUUCAUUGGCAAACUUCAGACGGGCCUGUAUAUGUGCUUUCUUGAGCAGGGGGACCUUGCGGGCGCUGCAGGAUUUCAGUCCUUCACGGCGUAGUGUGUUACCAAUUGUUUUCUUGGUGACUAUGGUCCCAGCUGCCUUGAGAUCAUUGACAAGAUCCUCCCGUGUAGUUCUAGGCUGAUUCCUCACCGUUCUCAUGAUCAUUGCAACUCCACGAGGUGAGAUCUUGCAUGAAGCCCCAUGCCGAGGGAGAUUGACAGUUAUUUUGUGCUUCUUCCAUUUGCGAAUAAUCACACCAACUGUUGUCACCUUCUCACCAAGCUGCUUGGCGAUGGUCUUGUAGCCCAUUCCAGCCUUGUGUAGGUCUACAAUCUUGUCCCUGACAUCCUUGGAGAACUCUUUGGUCUUGGCCAUGGUGGAGUGUUUGGAAUCUGAUUGAUUGAUUGCUUCUGUGGACAGGUGUCUUUUAUACAGGUAACAAGCUGAGAUUAGGAGCACUCCCUUUAAGAGUGUGCUCCUAAUCUCAGCUCGUUACCUGUAUAAAAGACACCUGGGAGCCAGACAUCUUUCUGAUUGAGAGGGGGUAAAAUACUAAUUUCCCUCAUUAAAAUGCAAAUCAAUUUAUAACAUUUUUGACAUGCGUCUUUCUGGAUUUUUUUGUUGUUAUUCUGUCUCUCACUGUUCAAAUAAACCUACCAUUAAAAUUAUAGACUGAUAAUUUCUUUGUCAGUGGGCAAACGUACAAAAUCAGCAGGGGAUCAAAUACUUUUUUCCCUCACUGUAUGUAGCUGGUACUCCAGACAAUCACGGAUUAUAAAGGGAAAACCAGCAACGUCGCAGACACCGACGUCUUGCUUACGGACAAGCUUUACACCUUCUUCGCCCACUUUAAGGAUAACACAGUGCCGCCGAAGCGGGCCGCUCCUGAGGACUGUGAGCUCUCGUUCUCCAUGGCCGAUGUGAGUAAGACAUUUAAGGGAUUUAACCCUCGCAAGGCUACCGGCCCAGAUGGCAUCCCUAGCCGCAUCCUCAGAGCAUGCGCAGACCAGCUGGCUGGAGUGUUUACGGAUGUAUUAAAUCUCUCCCUAUCCCAGUCUGCUGUCCCCACUUGUUUCAAGAUGUCCACCAUUGUUCCUGUACCCCAAAAAGCGAAGGUCACUGAACUAUAUGGCUAUCGCCCGUAGCACUCACUUUUGUCAUCAUAAAGUGCUUUGAGAGGCUAGUUAAGGAUCAAAUCACCUCCACCUUGCUCGACACUCUAGACCCACUCUAAUUUGCAUACCGCCCCAAUAGAUCCACGGAUGAUGCAAUUGCCAUCGCACUACACCCUGCCUUAUCCCAUCUGGCCAAGAGGAAUACCUAUGUAAGAAUGCUGUUCAUUGACUAAAUCUCAGCCUUCAACAUUUUACAUUUACAUUUUAGUCAUUUAGCAGACGCUCUUAUCCAGAGCGACUUACAGUUAGUGAAUACAUAUAUUUUUUUAUACUGGCCCCCCGUGGGAAUCAAACCCACAACCCUGGCGUUGCAAACGCCAUGCUCUAUCAACUGAGCUACAUCCCUGCCGGCCAUUCCCUCCCCUACCCUGGACGACGCUGGGCCAAUUGUGCGCCGCCCAUGAGUCUCCCGGUCACGGCCGGCUGCGACAGAGCCUGGAUUCGAACCAGGAUCUCUAGUAGCACAGUUAGCACUGCAAUGCAGUGCCUUAGACCACUGCGCCACUCAGGAGACACACUGCGCCACUCAGGAGACUCAGGAGACUUCAACACCCUCCAAGUUCAUCAUUAAGCUCGGGGCCCUGGGUCUAAACCCUGCCCUGUACAGCUGGGUCCUGGACUUCCUGACGGGCCUCCCCAGGUGAUGAAGGUAGGCAACAACACCUCCACUAAACUGAUCCUGAACACAGGAGCCCCACAAGGGUGGGUGCUCAGCCCCCUCCUGUACUCCCUUUUCACCCAUGACUGCGUGGCGUUUUACGUCUCCAACUCAAUCAUCAAGUUUGCAGACGACACAACAGUGGUAGGCCUGAUUACCAACAACGAUGAGACAGAGGAGGUGAGGGCCCUGGCAGAGUGGUGCCAGGAAAAUAACCUCUCCUUCAACAAAGCGAAGGAGCUGAUCGUGGAAUUCAGGAGACAGCAGAGGGAGCACGCCCCCGUCCACAUCGAUGGGGCCGCAGUGGAGAAGGUGAAAAUCUUCAAGUUCCUCGAAGUACACAUCACUGACAAUAUGAAAUGGUCCACCCACACACACACAGUGUGGUGAAGAAGGCGCAACAGCACUUCUUCAACCUCAGGAGGCUGAAGAAAUUCAGCUUGGCCCCUAGAAACUGCAUUUGUUAUAAAAUAAUAUUAUUUGUAUUAGUGUUGCACCAUUGUUCUUAUGUAAUAUAACCAUAUACAAUAUCAGUAGCACAUGUCUUAGAGUGAUGGACUGUGCCAUCCCCACGGCCUCCACAAUGGAUUAGUCCACUCAGACAGGCGUACACCAUGAUAUACAGUGCCUUCAGAAAGUAUUCAGACCCAUUGACUUUUUCCACAUUUUGUUACGUUACAGCCUUGUUGUAAAAUUGAUUAAAAAAUAUAUAAUCUCAGCAAUCUACACACAAUACCCUAUAAUGACAAAGUGAAAACAGGUUUUUUGAAAGUUUUGCAAAUGUAUUAAAAAUAAAAAACAGAAAUACCUUAUUUACAUAAGUAUUCAGACCCUUUACUAUGAGACUCGGAAUUGAGCUCAGGUGCAUCCUGUUUCCAUUGAUCAUCCUUGAGAGGUUUCUACAACUUGAUUGGAGUCCACCUGUGGUAAAUUCAAUUGAUUGGACAUGAUUUGGAAAGGCACACUCCUGUCUAUAUAAGGUCCCACAGUUGACAGUGCAUGUCAGAGCAAAAACCAAGCCAUGAGGUCAAAGGAAUUGUCCGGAGAGCUCCGAGACAGGAUUAUGUCAAGGCACAGAUCUGGGGAAGGGUACCAAAACAUUUCUGCAGCAUUGAAGGUCCCCAAGAACACAGUGUCCUCCAUCAUUCUGAAAUGGAAGAAGUUUGGAACCACCAAGACUCUUCCUAGAGCUGGCCACCCGGCCAAACUGAGCAAUCGGGGGAGAAGGGCCUUGGUCAGGGAGGUGACCAAGAACCCGAUUGUCACUCUAACAGAGCUCCAGAGUUCCUCUGUGGACAUGGGAGAACCUUCCAGAAGGACAACCAUCUCUGCAGCACUCCACCAAUAAAGCCUUUAUGGUAGAGUGGCCAGACAGAAGCCACUCCUCGGUAAAAGGCACAUGACAGCAAACUUAGAGUUUGCCAAAAGGCACCUAAAGACUCUCAGACCAUGAGAAACAAGAUUCUCUGGUCUGAUGUAACCAAGAUUGAAUUCUUUGUCCUGAAUGCCAAGCGUCAUGUCUGGAGGAAAUCUGGCGCCAUCCCUACGGUGAAACAUGUUGGUGACAGCAUCAUUCUGUGAGGAUGUUUUUCAGCGGCCCAGACUGGGAGACUAGUCAGGAUCGAGGGAAAGAUGAACGGAGCAAAGUACAGAGAGAUCUUUGAUGAAAACCUGCUCUAGAGCGCUCAGGACCUCAGACUGGGGCGAAGGUUCACCUUCCAACAGGACAAUGACCCUAAGCACAAAGCCAAGACAACGCAGGAGUGGCUUCGGGACAAGUUUCUGAAUGUCAUUGAGUAGCCCAGCCAGAGCCCGGACUUGAACCCGAUCUAACAUCUCUGGAGAGACCUGAAAAUAGCUGUGCAGCAACGCUCCCCAUCCAACCUGACAAAGCUUGAGAGGAUCUGCAGAGAAGAAUGGGAGAAACUCCCCAAAUACAGGUGUGCCAAGCUUGUAGCGUCAUACCCAAGAAGACUCAAUGCUGUAAUCGCUGCCAAAUGUGCUUCAACAAAGUACUGAGUAAAGGGUCUGAAUACUUAUGUAAACGUUUUUUAUUUUGUAUAAAUUUGCUAACAUUUAUAAAAACCUGUUUUUUCUUCAGAAUUAUGGGAUACUGUGUGUAGAUAUAUGAGGAAAUUAAAAAAUAUAUAUAUAUUUAGAAUAAGGCUGUAACGUAAAAAAAGAAAGGGGUCUGAAUACUUUCCGAAUGCACUGUAUAUAUAUAUAUAUAUAUAUUUUUUUUUGCUACUGCUCGACUAAAGAAAUCUCAGCCGACCAACAGCCUAUUGACCAAACAAUCGACUAGUCGACUAAAUGGGGUCAGCCCUAAUACAAUUUCAUUUGAUUUUGAUUUGAUUUGUAUGAGCGGAGAACAAUACACGUCAGCGAUGGAGGGAGAGUGACAGGGAGGGAGAGAUGGGUGGGAGUGAAUGGGAUCGGAGAGAUAGUGUAGAGCUGAGACAAUCAUGAGAUAGAGCUGCAACUGUGUACCAAAGGAAGGGGGAGGAGAGGACAGAGAAAGGGCUAAAGAGAAUCAGGCAGAUCUUGGGCAUUGAGUGCUGUGCCUCGAGGAAUGCUUAGUUUAAGAGAAAGGUAAGAGAAAGACACUGGGUAAGAGAGGAAGGGAGGGAAAGUAUAGUACAGUAUGUCUCUCUCUCUGUCUCAGUCAUGGGACGAUAGAGUGGAGUGUCUGGUCACCCAGGCUGUGUCCUCUGAGGCAUCUAGUGACCUGGACUGGGUGGUUGUUGGUAGUGUGGAAGAGGAAAAUUGCAUUUGUUAUCUUCUAUGGCCUGAAGAAGGGACAGGUCAUUCUGUUCCUCUUAGUUUCUGUAAGAUUGCUAAAUCGCACUGUUUCAAGUUGCCCUUUAAGUUUUUGUAGUCUAUUUUAUAACAGAGUGGACAUGUCCUUGGGAUGAUUUGUCUUUCUCUCUCCUUUACUAUCUGUGGUGAUAAGCAGGAGUACCGGACCCAUUUGAAGGGCAUGUGAAACGCCCCACCCAUCCUUGGUCUAUAUAAUAUGCCUGUGAGAAGAAAGAGCAAGUUCAAUUGAAUGCAUGUUCAAAUAAAGCUUUUUUUAUAUUGAGAUUGGACUGCCUCAUGAGUAGGGCUGACCCCAAUUAGUCGACUGGUCGAUUGUUUGGUCGUAAGGCUGUUGGUUGAACAAUAUUAUUUUCGUCGAGCAGCCCAUCUCAGUGAACUAAUCCAUUGUGGAGACCUAGACCUAAAGCCAAUUUAUGCUUGAUUCGAAAAUGUGGUCGGAGGCUCCAUAAGGAGGGUGUGACGCAUUUGCGGAGCCUCCAGAGGCACGCAGAGGCCAAAUCGAGCUCUGUACGGCAUCGCCAUGCGCCUCCCAAUUUUUUUUACAAUGCAGAGAGCUCUGUAUAGCUCCGCAUUGACAUGAUUGGUUGACAGUAGGUGGGAGCGGUACAUCCUGUAUAAACACAAACUCACUUCCUUGACAACAGCUCUGCACUGCUCCGCGAAGCGCAAGAAGUAUGAAUGCUCUGACUUCUGCUGAGGCCAUAUCACAGUAAAUGCUGCAUGGCCAAUGCAUUUGUCGGCUUGAACAUGCGCCCAGAUGCAUUAUGCACUUCUCUCUCCAGAAUGCGCUAUCUCCCGCCAAUUUGUGCACAUUCAUUGUUUCAUAACUUCAUUGUGUGAAUUGUUUGAAUUUGAAUGUUAGUGUAUAUCAAUUCCCCAUUACAUAUAUCACCAGUAGUACAUUUACCAUUAAUUCCUAUAAUUUCUAAUGUACAAUGUUUGUUACUUUGGUUAUGGUCAUUUCUUUUAAUGCAUUCAAUAUUAUUAUUCCAGUCUUCCUGUUCACAUUGUCGGAGUGGACAAUGGAGUUCACAACCUAUGCUGCAUUUGUGAGAAACAAGUUCUGUCAAUUUAGUCAUUGUCUUUUGUUUGGAGCGCUCCUGUCAAUGUUGAGUAAGAAGUAGGCCUAUAGCUACCUGGCCUGCGCGCAAAUGUAGGCAUAUAAAUGUGCCCAUUUGGAGAUCUGAUACUUUUUCUGAUUGGCUUAAUGCACCACCAAUAAUGACCUGUGGAGCUUCUCAAAGUAAUGUUUUCUUCACCUCAAACAGCAAGCAAAUGAAGUCGGUUUUAACAGCCAUUGAGAAUUACAAUCGUUCUUCAAUGUAUUUGAAAAAUCUUUCCAGCUCUCUCCCUUUUGAUAACCACUCAGCGUGAAAGGGAGAAAUGUCAUGCUCUGAUCCAGUGGAAACGUCAUAAAAUAGGCUUCUUAUCAGUGCUUGACUUGGAUUGAAAAACUUUCCAGUACUCAUUUUGGGUGCUGGUACUGUUCAUAUUUAGGUGCAGGAGCUUCACAAUACCUUUAAACUAAUAUUCUAUAAGAGGAAUAGGACCUCAAUGUCACGCCCUGACUCAGGACGCUUAUAUGUUGAGUCAGGGUGUGUAUAUUCCUUGUUGUGAUUUUCUAUGUUGUAUUUUCUAUGUUUAGAUCUAGUAGGUAUAGAUCUAUGUUGGCCGGUGUGGUUCCCAAUCAGAGGCAGCUGUCGCUCGUUGUCUCUGAUUGGGGACCAUACUUAGGCAGCCUAUUGGCACUAGUGGGUUGUGGGAUCUUGUUCCGUGUGAGGUAUGUUGUUUGUCUACCUUGGACUUCACGUUUCGUUUCGUUUGUUGUUUUGUCGUGGUGUUUAUUCAAUAUAAAUAAAUGCAUAUCACGCUGCGCCUUGGUCCGUCCCGUCUGUAAACGAUCGUGACACUCAAGCAGUAGAACAUUUGAGUUGCCCGUACUCAGCGCCGGUGAGCUCCUGUCCAAGUCAAGCACUGCUUCAUAUCCCUUGCGCAAAUAGCCUACAGCUGUGUCUGUCCAGAGCUCACUGCUGUUGGAAACUCUGAGGGCCCAGAAUAUUUUAUACAAUGUUGCAAGUUCGCUAGCACAAGCUUUUGGGCUGGAUGGAAGUUAGUAGUUGAUACAAUGUUUCAAGUUUGUUGCAGACAGGCCAUGUGUAGCCAAUGUGAUUUAGAGGAUAUUUAUUUUUAUCAGGAUAUUUUCUACCUGCAGGAUGGAAUGUUUUUAUUUGUUGGCUUUAUGGAGGCUAUUUUUACAUAGUUGGCAAUGGCAAUAGAAGUUAUUUUAUUUGUAUUUUUUUUUGGGAGGGUAGAUCAGCUUAAUAUUGCAGAUAGAUUGUAACUUCCAUCAAUGUAAUUGUCUGCAUCACUUCCAUUCCCCCAUGUUUUUUAUAUAUACAGUGGGGAGAACAAGUAUUUGAUACACUGCCGAUUUUGCAGGUUUUCCUACUUACAAAGCAUGUAGAGGUCUGUAAUUUUUAUCAUAGGUACACUUCAACUGUGAGAGACGGAAUCUAAAACAAAAAUCCAAAAAAUCAUAUUGUAUGAUUUUUAAGUAAUUAAUUUGCAUUUUAUUACAUGACAUAGGUAUUUGAUCACCUACCAACCAGUAAGAAUUCCGGCUCUCACAGACCUGUUAGUUUUUCUUUAAGAAGCCCUCCUGUUCUCCACUCAUUACCUGUAUUACCUGCACCUGUUUGAACUCGUUACCUGUAUAAAAGACACCUGUCCACACACUCAAUUAAACAGACUCCAACCUCUCCACAAUGGCCAAGACCAGAGAGCUGUGUAAGGACAUCAGGGAUAAAAUUGUAGACCUGCACAAGGCUGGGAUGGGCUACAGGACAAUAGGCAAGCAGCUUGGUGAGAAGGCAACAACUGUUGGCGCAAUUAUUAGAAAAUGGAAGAAGUUCAAGAUGACGGUCAAUCACCCUCGGUCUGGGGCUCCAUGCAAGAUCUCACCUCGUGGGGCAUCAAUGAUCAUGAGGAAGGUGAGGGAUCAGCCCAGAACUACACGGCAGGACCUGGUCAAUGACCUGAAGAGAGCUGGGACCACAGUCUCAAAGAAAACCAUUAGUAACACACUACGCCGUCAUGGAUUAAAAUCCUGCAGCGUACGCAAGGUCCCCCUGCUCAAGCCAGCGCAUGUCCAGGCCCGUCUGAAGUUUGCCAAUGACCAUCUGGAUGAUCCAGAGGAGGAAUGGGAGAAGGUCAUGUGGUCUGAUGAGACAAAAAUAGAGCUUUUUGGUCUAAACUCCACUCGCCGUGUUUGGAGGAAGAAGAAGGAUGAGUACAACCCCAAGAACACCAUCCCAACCGUGAAGCAUGGAGGUGGAAACAUCAUUCUUUGGGGAUGCUUUUCUGCAAAGGGGACAGGACGACUGCACCGUAUUGAGGGGAGGAUGGAUGGGGCCAUGUAUCGUGAGAUCUUGGCCAACAACCUCCUUCCCUCAGUAAGAGCAUUGAAGAUGGGUCGUGGCUGGGUCUUCCAGCAUGACAACGACCCGAAACACACAGCCAGAGCAACUAAGGAGUGGCUCCGUAAGAAGCAUCUCAAGGUCCUGGAGUGGCCUAGCCAGUCUCCAGACCUGAACCCAAUAGAACAUCUUUGGAGGGAGCUGAAAGUCCGUAUUGUCCAGCGACAGCCCCGAAACCUGAAGGAUCUGGAGAAGGUCUGUAUGGAGGAGUGGGCCAAAAUCCCUGCUGCAGUGUGUGCAAACCUGGUCAAGACCUACAGGAAACGUAUGAUCUCUGUAAUUGCAAACAAAGGUUUCUGUACCAAAUAUUAAGUUCUGCUUUUCUGAUGUAUCAAAUACUUAUGUCAUGCAAUAAAAUGCAAAUUAAUUACUUAAAAAUCAUACAAUGUGAUUUUCAGGAUUUUUGUUUUAGAUUCCGUCUCUCACAGUUGAAGUGUACCUAUGAUAAAAAUUACAGACCUCUACAUGCUUUGUAAGUAGGAAAACCUGUUCUCCCCACUGUAUACUCCCCUUUAUUACUUUUCAACCCCGCCAUCCUUUCCCUACUUGGGGUAAAUUAGUGAACAACUAUGCCCAGGCCUCUACUUCCAGCCUAUACUUACUAUCUACACCUUAUGGACACAUUACAUUUUACAAUAAUUCAAUUUUAUUUGUUUUUGCUCCUGAACUUCUUCUACUCUCAACCUCUCCGAUCAUUCAUCAUAGAAGUUACUUUUUAGGUUAGUAUCAUUUUCAAUUAGAUUUGGAAAGAAUUUUGAUUAACCACAUGACAAUGAUUUUGAGAUACAAAGAUAUUAUUAUAAAUUAAAUUAAGCUGUUUCACGAAAAUGUGCAUAUGAAAACCAUAACUGGCAUGCAGAUCGGUAGAAAUUGUCAAAUAAAUUGUCAUUCCACAUGAGAAAGGUUGCCGACUCCUCGUGUAACUUAUACCGGCAACUUCAGGAGAGUAAUGGCAGAAUCUGCGAAAGACGUCCUGGGGCUACGUGGUUGGUGUUGGGGAUGUUGGGUGGAGUUGGGGCUGGAGGGUCAAGGGUGAGGGAGGGCUGUGUUGGGGCUAGGAGCUGGGGCUGAGGGACAUACCAGUUCCCCAGCUCCCCAGACCAGCUCACAGACCUACAGGCACUGAACCAAAAUAGAGGGGUGAGCACUGAGCAAUAGUUAAAUAUUCAUAAACAAAGAGAGACUGGGAGGGUGGGGGGUGUAGGCCUACAUGUGACAAAUAUAGAGAUAAAUAAAUAAAAAGAGAGAGCAUAAGAGAGAGACAGAGUCAGAGAGAGAGAGAGAGAAGCAAAGAGAGAAAGAAAAAGAGAGAGAGAAAGAGAGGUUGUAGGGAAAAUAAGGACCGGGGAGUUUUCUGUCUUUCAUAGCACAGAUCCAUCCAUCAAACUCCUAAAUCCAUUCAUUAUCAUGAUCUGCAGUCAAUGAUACCCAGAAGAGCUAUUAUACUAUACAUUAUUAAUCAGAUGGAACAAUCUAAAGAUUCCCUGUGUACUGUUAAAUAUUUAUGCUGUGUGUAUGACUAAGGCAUUGUUGUGUGUGUUUGCUCUAAGUUCUGAAGCAGGGUAGGGUUGGAGGGUAGCAGUGUAACGUAAGUGUGUAAGGGACAGAUCAACAUUUACUGGGGGACGCUGGUCCAACUCAAGGUGUCAUAAAAAAAUGAGCCCCCCUCCCCAUCGUAAAAAAUAAUUUCACAUGACCCUUCCCUUGUACUGUAAAAUAAAUUGAAUUAACUCAAAAUAAUGUUUAUGACCACAAAUAACAAUAACUGUAGCGACCCUGUGUUUAUAAACAUGGAUAUCUGCAUUGCUUUUGUAGCACAGUUGAUGCCACAAAGGGCUAUGGGCCAGAAAGUUGAGAGUUCGCCGACCACCAAGGACGAGACUCUCCCUGCCUGUCUCAUUACUUCACGAUCAGUGCUGGUUGCAGACAAUGAUCAGCUAGGGGGAAAUCAGAUUUUCAUGCCAUAUUUAUAAUUACACUACCGUUCAAAAGUUUGGGGUCACUUAGAAAUGUCCUAGUUUUUAAAAGAAAAUCAAUUUUUUUGUCCAUUAAAAUAACAUCAAAUUGAUCAGAAAUACAGUGUAGACAUUGUUAAUGUUGUAAAUGGCUAUUGUAGCUGGAAACGGAUGAUUUUUAAUGGAAUAUGUACAUAAUAAUAAUAAUAAUAUGCCAUUUAGCAGACGCUUUUAUCCAAAGCGACUUACAGUCAUGCGUGCAUACAUUUUUUAGUAUGGGUGGUCCCGGGGCUCGAACCCACUACCUUGGCGUUACAAGCGCCGUGCUCUACCAGCUGAGCUACAGAGGACCACAUAGGCGUACAGAGGCCCAUUAUCAGCAACCAUCAGUCCUGUGUUCCAAUGGCACGUUGUGUUUGCUAAUCCAAGUUUAUAAUUUUAAAAGGCUAAUUGAUCAUUAGAAAACCCUUUUGCAAUUAUGUUAGCACAGCUGAAAACGUUGUGCUGAUUAAAGAAGCAAUAAAACUGGCCUUCUUGAGACUAGUUGAGUAUCUGGAGCAUCAGCAAUUGUGGGUUCGAUUACAGGCUCAAAAUGGGCAGAAACAAAUAACUUUCUUCUGAAACUCGUCAGUCUAUUCUUGUUCUGAGAAAUGAAGGCUAUUCCAUGCGAGAAAUUGCCAAGAAACUGAAGAUCUCGUACAACGCUGUGUACUACUCCCUUCACAGAACAGUGCAAACUGGCUCUAACCAGAAUAUAAAGAGGAGUGGGAGGCCCCGGUGCAGAACUGAGCAAGAGGACAAAUACAUUAGAGUGUCUAGUUUGAGAAACAGGCGUCUCACAGGUCCUCAACUGGCAGCUUCAUUAAAUAGUACCCGCAAAACACCAGUCUCAACCUCAACAGUGAAGAGCCGACUCCGGGAUGCUGACCUUCUAGGCAGAGUUGCAAAGAAAAAGCCAUAUCUCAGACUGCCCAUCUUUAUCUUUUCUUUUUAUUGGCCAGUCUGAGAUAUGGCUUUUUCUUUGCAACUCUGCCUAGAAGGUCAGCAUCCCGGAGUCGCCUCUUCACUGUUGACGUUGAGACUGGUGUUUUGCGGGUACUAUUUAAUGAAGCUUUUUACUAUUUUCUACAUUGUAGAAUAAUAGUGAAGACAUCAAAACUAUGAAAUAACACAUAUGAAAUCAUGUAGUAACCAAAAAAGUGUUAAACAAAUCAAAAUAUAUUUUAUAUUUGAGAUUCUUCAAAUAGCCACCCUUUGCCUUGAUGACAGCUUUGCACACUCUUGGCAUUCUCUCAGCCAGCUUCAUGAGGUAGUCAGCUGGAAAUCAUUUAAAUUAACAGGUGUGGCUUGUUAAAAGUUAAUUUGUGGAAUUUCUUUCCUUCUUAAUGCGUUUGAGCCAAUCAGUUGUGUUGUGACAAGGUAGGAGGGGUAUACAAAAGAUAGCCCUAUUUGGUAAAAGACCAAGUCCAUAUUAUGGCAAGAAUAUCAUUUGUUUAACACUUUUUUGGUUACUACAUGAUUCCAUAUGUGUUAUUUCAUAGUUUUGAUGUCUUCACUAUUAUUAUACAAUGUAAAAAAUAGUCAAAAUAAAGAAAAACCCUUGAAUGAGUAGGUGUGUUCAACCUUUUGACUGGUAGCUUAUAAAUGUAACUUUGUAGGCUGCAUGUCCUGCACCAGCAUCACAUGUUCUCUCCCAGCUUCAAGGUUUGAAAGAGGUGCGUAUUUCCAGUCCAUAUAAUACAGUAUAAUACAAUACAGUAAUACAGUCCACACUCAAAAAGAUUAGCUUACUGGACCUUGUUUCAUUUACUUACCCAAAAGAGCAUAGCUACAUCUAUGGGCUUUUAUGUUUUUCUGCCGUGCGUAAUGUGCAGUAGCCUAUAUCAUAGGCUAUGUAUUGGAUAACGGCACAAUCAUUUGGGCUUUUUGGGGGAUUGGGAUCAUUAAAUGUCUUUAAUGUAGGGCUCAUAAAAUAUAUUUAAUGUAUGGCUCAUCAGGCUCAGGUAGCAUCAGACUUGAAUUUUCAUACCGAUCAAAGCUAAUCAAUUCCAGACAUAUUAAUAGGCCUAUGCUUUAGAAUGACACUUUCGGUUUGGGCGGGAAAUAGUAACCCAGCAGAAAAGUGAUUAUUCUUGGGAUCUAACAUUUGUAAAAUACUGGGAAAAUAUUCAACCCCAGUCUGUAGCUUAUUCUUUAGAUGUUUGGAGCUGCUGGUGAACCAUGAUGUGCAGGCAUAAUCAAAGUGACACUGGACUAGCACACUUGCCAGUCUUUAGGGUGUCUAUAGGUUUCCAUCCAAAUGUUGACAGAUUUUCAUGCAAAUAUUCCACAAUCAGCAUAAAAACAAUAUGCACAUUUCAGGGUUUCGCCAGACAAUGUGAAGAUAUUUCAUCUGUAGCCUAAUAAACUGCAUGCUUUCCCAUAUUGCAGAGUUAGCAUAUUGCAGAUCUGGACAAACGAUCCACCUACCACUAUUGUUACUAUGAAUGGUGGAUAGAGGGCAGGAUGGAGCGUUAGACUGGUAGACUAUAUUGACCUGUGGUAUAGUAAAAGUUAGCACACAGAAAAGCUUAGUGCAUAAAGGAAGUACCAAAACACCUUGAUAUAGGGGAGGUGCAUGCAAGCAGAUGAGGAAAUCUGGCUAGGAUGCAAGAAAUAACAUAUUAAAACCUGCAAAGGAGCGAAUGUAAACCAGGGAAAAAACGCACUACCGUCCCCUGUGCCCAAUAAAAAACCACACAACUCUCCCCUAUUUUGGCAGCCAGGUCACCCAUGAUACAAGUCAAUAUUCGACGUUCAUCCAUGUCUGAGGAUGUUGGGAGAUGACAUGGAAACUGGCCAUCUGCCACUGAUUCCAAAAGAAAGAUUUUUAUAACACACUAAUUAUGACAGUGCAUAUGAUUGUGUGUGUGUGUGUGUGUGUAUACCAUGUUAGUGUACAUAUGGUAACUCUAUAGAGGAGGAGGAUGCUACUUGUGUCUUUUAUUAUUUUAAUCUUUCCUCCCAACCUCAUAGAUGCAAUAAUCAGGCUGCUGAGGGGAGAACGGCUCAUAAUAAUGGCUGGAACGGAGCCAAUGGAAUGGCAUCAAACCAUGUGUUUGAUGUAUUUGAUGUCAUUCCAACCAUUCCACUCCAGCCAUUACCACGAGUCCGUCCUCCCCAGUUAAGGUGCCACCAACCUCCUGUGGUGUGUGAGUAGCUGUACUGUGUGCUUGUGCAUGUGUGUGUGUGUGCGUGCGUGCGUGUGUGCGUACGUGCGGUGCAAAGGAAAUAUUCAGCCUAGUUGAUGUGAUUAAAAAAGGUCAACUAUUCUUAGUCAACCUCGCUCUCUCUCGCUCUCUCUCUCUUUAGCAGUCUUUCUUCAUACAGCUAAAGAGAAAUGCAGAUUCUUUACCAAACAAAACCAGUUCUUGAGAUAGAAUGAAAAAGGGGAUGGUACUCACUUAAAUCAGAUUUUUAUAUUUCACAGCCAGUAUUCUAUAAUAAUAAUAGUGGGUGCUUAUGUUUGUCCUAUUUCACACAUGUACAAGUGUGUAUUGAUACAUAUGUCUGAAUUGGAAAUGGUGUGUUAUGCAUAUCCCAACUCCCCCUGAGACACCCUUAAGAGUGGGGUCACGACCAGGGUCAGCCAUUAUCAACAGCAACCCUGGAGCAAUUAGUGCCUUGCUCAAGGCCACAUCGACAGAUUUGUCACCUUGUCGGCUCAGGGAUUCAAACUAGCGACCUUUCGGUUACUGGCCAAACGCUCUAACCGCUAGGCUACCUGCCGCCCUAUAAGAAGUGCUACUGGUAAGCACCAGUCCGAUUCAACCAAUGGGAUCGACAGAAAUGUUGUUUUUAGUCAUACAGCCAAAGGAAGAGCUGUCUUCUUAUUUAGUUCAGCUCAGCUACAUAGCAUUUGUUUGGAAGGCAAAAGCCCCCUUUCUCAGAAUGUGCAGUCAAGAGCAUAACCACAUCAGUGGCUCUCUCACACACAUGCAGUAGGACAUACACACACACAGUUCCACCAGUCAAAAAGCUCUAUUUUCAUUUUGUUAUUUUUUUAUGGUAAUAAUAAAACAACAAUGGAAAUAGAAAUAGCACUAUAUACAUAAUAACAACUGUAGCAGUGAUGAAUAAAUAAAUGUCCAUUGGGCUGGAGGCAGAGUAAAGACUGUUGAGGGGGUGGGGGGUGGGGGGGAUGGCCAUAGGGGGAGCAGCAGUCAGACUAAAUGACCAUUGAGGGGGUGUGUGGACCAAGUUAAAUAAAACAAUGCAAAUUAUAAUAAAAAUAAUAAUAUACAUAUUAACAACUGCAAUAGUGAUGAAUGUCAUUGGGGUGGGGGCAGAGUAAAAGUCAGUUGAGAGGAUGGGGGGAAAUGUCCAUAGGGGGAGCAGCGGAUAAGGUAAGUGACCAUUGAGUGGGUGGUGGGGGGGGGAAUGUUCAUAGGGGGAGUAGCAGGGGGAGGGGUGAUAAGGUAGCUGACUAGUGGUGGCUAUUCAGUAGCCUGAUGGUCUGGGGGUAGAAACUAUUGGCCAGUCUUCUAGUUUUCGCCAUGAUGCGCUUGUACUGCCCGCAUCUGAGUGAUGGAAGCGGGGAGAACAGGGCAUGGCUCGGGUGGCUGGGGUGUCCUGGAGGGCAGGCAGUGUGCACCCAAUGGUGCAUUCGGCUGCGUGUAUCACCCUCUGAAGCGCCUUGCGGUCCGCGGCGGUGGAGUUGCUUUACCAGACUGUGAUGCAGCCCGACAGUAUGCUCUCGAUGGUGCUCCUGUAGAACACUGUGAGGGCCCUCGGGGAUAGGCCGAAUUACUUCAGCAUCCUGAGGUUGAAAAGUUGCUGUCGUGCCUUCUUCACCACAGUGUCCGUGUGGUUUGACCAUUUCAGCUUCUCUGAGAUGUGUACGCCGAGGAAUUUGAAGUUAUUAACUGUCUCCACAGCGGCCCCGUUGAUGAGGAUAGGGGUGUGUCCAGCCUGGUUCCUCCUGAAGUCCACAAUCAGCUCCUUUGUUUUGCUGAUGUUGAGGGAGAGGUUGUUUACCUGGCACCACACCGUCAGAGUGCCUACCUCCUCCCUGUAGACCGUCUCGUCGUUGGUAAUCAGGCCUGCUACUGUCGUGUUGUCAGCAAACUUGAUGAUGGAGUUGGAACUGUGAGAGGCCAUGCAGUCAUGGGUAUACAGGAAAUACUGGAGGGGACUGUCAUGCCGUUUAGCAAACUCAUGCCGUUUACAUCUGUUGGGUGACAUGAAAAUAGAGCUCUUUGGCCACGCACACCAGUGGUGGGUUUGGCGUCGCAAUGUGAAUGCAUGAGCAGAAAAUAACCCCAUACCUACUGUAAAAUAUGGUGGUGGAUCUUUGAUGUUAUGGGGCUAUUUUGCUUCCACUGGUCCUGGGGCCCUUGUUAAGGUCAAUGGCAUCAUGAACUUUACCCAGUACCAGGAUAUUUUAGUUAAAAACCUGGUUGCCUCUGACAUGAGGCUGAAACUUGGCUGCAAGUAGAUCUUCCAGCAAGACAAUAACCCCAAACACACAUCAAAAUCCAUGAAGAAAUUGUUAAUUGGCCUCCAAAUCAAUAUUUUGCAAUUGCCAUCUCAGUCUCCAAACUUGAAACCCAUUGAAAACCUGUGGUUUGAAUUGAAGAGGCUAGUCCAUAAACGCAGACGAAGGAUAUCAAGGAUCUGGAAGGAUUCUGUAUGGAGGAAUGAUCUAAGAUCCUUUCCUAUGUGUUAUAGAAAGAGGCUCAGUGCCGUUAUCCCCGAAAGCCGGUUGAGGUAUUGAAAUAUAUUUACCCCUACCUUUUUGAGAAUGGUCUUGCGCAUUAACUCCGAAUGGUUAAGUUAAGGUUUGGGAUAGGCUUAAAACAAAAAUAUAAAAAACAACUUUCUAUCGCUGUCACGCCCUGGCUCUGGGGACACUGUUAUGUUGAGCCAGGGUGUGUAAUUCUAUGUUUGUAUUUCUAUGUUGGCCUGAGUGACUCCCAAUCAGAGGCAACGAGUGUCAGCUGGUUGUCUCUGAUUGGGAGCCAUAUUUAACUGUCUGUCUUUCACUUUGUGUUUGUGGUUUCUUGUUCGUGUUGGUUUGUGUUUAAACCGUAGACGUCACGUUUUCGUUUGUUGUUUUGAUCGUGUGAUCAUUAAAUAAAUAUAAAUAUGUUCACCUUCAACGCUGCGCAUUGGUCCUCCUCCUUAGACGAUCGUGACAGAAGAAACCACCAGAACUGGACCAAGCAGCCUAGUGAGGAGCAGAGUGGGUGGACUUGGCAACAGUGGAUGCAGAGCUUCGACUGGGUCAAGCCGAAUGAGGAGCUGAAUGGCGGAGAUUGGAAGCAGAAGAGCGAGAGUUGGGCGAGAAUUAUCGAGGCCUGGCCCACGGGGAGGAGAGACUCCCAGAAAUUUUUUAGGGGGGGGCUCACGACGUCGGACCAGCAGGAGGCCGCGAUAGAGCGGCCCAGUGGGUUGCCAGAGGAGGCCGCCAGGUUACGGGGGCCACUGGUCGAAGAGGGGAUGGAGGAUGUAGAGCCACGGCGAGAGGUACUGGCGUGUGUUGCCAGUCCGGUCCGGCCCGUUCCAGAUCCCGGUGUAGGGCCAGUGGUGUGUGUCCCCAGUACGGUCCGGUCCAUUCCUGCUCCCCGCACCAAGUCUGUGGUGCGUUUCGUCAGCCCUGUCCGGCCCGUUCCUGCUCUCCGCACCAAGUCUGUGGUGCGCGUCGCCAGCCCAGUCCGGCCCAUUCCUGCUCCCCGCACCAAGUCUGUGGUGCGUUUCGUCAGCCCUGUCCGGCCCGUUCCUGCUCUCCGCACCAAGUCUGUGGUACGCGUCGCCAGCCCAGUCCGGCCCAUUCCUGCUCCCCGCACCAAGUCUGUGGUGCGUUUCAUCAGCCCUGUCCGGCCCGUUCCUGCUCUCCGCACCAAGUCUGUGGUGCGCGUCGCCAGCCCAGUCCGGCCCAUCCAAGCUCCCCGCACCAAGUCAGUGGUGCGCUUCGUCAGCCCGGUCCGGCCCGCUCCUGCUCCCCACACCAAGCCAGUGGUGUGCGUCGUCGGUCCGGCACGGCCCGUGCCUGUUCCACUGGUCCGGCACCGGUCAGAUGCGUUACGCCGGAGCUAGAGCAAUCCGCUCCAUCAGUGUGCAGUCCAGCUCCGGCCAGCGGGGCCAGACCGGACCAGGGGUACUUUGGGGGGUUGGAUAGGGAGUGGGGAUCAGGCCCGGAGCCGGAUCCGCCGCCAAGGCGGAGUGCCCACCCGGUCCCUCCCCUGUGGUAUUUAGUUGGCGCGGUCGGAGUCCGCGCCUUUAGGGGGGGGUACUUUCACGCCCUGGCUCUGGGGACACUGUUAUGUUGAGCCAGGGUGUGUAAUUCUAUGUUUGUAUUUCUAUGUUGGCCUGAGUGACUCCCAAUCAGAGGCAACGAGUGUCAGCUGGUUGUCUCUGAUUGGGAGCCAUAUUUAACUGUCUGUCUUUCACUUUGUGUUUGUGGUUUCUUGUUCGUGUUGGUUUGUGUUUAAACCGUAGACGUCACGUUUUCGUUUGUUGUUUUGAUCGUGUGAUCAUUAAAUAAAUAUAAAUAUGUUCACCUUCAACGCUGCGCAUUGGUCCUCCUCCUUAGACGAUCGUGACAAUCGCUGGAUUCGAACUUGCAACCUUUGGAAUCAGAGGCAGAUGUUUAGAUGUUUAGGUUUGGUUUGGGAUAGGCUUAAAACAAAAAUAUCAUGGACGUCGAAUACUGACUUGUAUCACGGGUGACCUGGCUGAGCAGCCAGUGAUUCGGCACAGUGCAGUGCACCCCAGCUGAGCUAUCACACAGCAGCUCUAGGUGUUCUAGCCAAUGUCUGUGUGCUGUGUGAAUGCCGGCAAACAUGAUUUAUGUUCGUAUGUUAGUGUGUGUGUUUGUUUGUGUUACCAGUUUGCUUGUUUGUGUGAUGAGUGUGUGUUCAAUUGUAUGUGUACACACAUAGAGCCUAGAAGUCGUCUUAGUGCUCAGUGAGUGUGGGUUCAGUUGGUCUGGUCCUGAAACGCUUCUCUCCUCACACCCCUGCGACUGGCACUGGUCACACACACAGUAAUGGUAGGAGAGCGUGUGUAACCAUAUAAAACUGCUAAAACUGAGUUGUGUGUGCAUGCGUGCGUGCGUGUGCGCGUGUGUGUGUGUGUGUGUGUGUGUGUGUGUGUGUGUGUGUGUGUGUGUGUGUGUGUGUGUGUGUGUGUGUGUGUGAGUGAUCCUGAGUCAUAGGUGCUUCAGUGUAGACUCAGCAGUAUUGACAUUACUCUACUCUGCAGCAUACACACUCAUUUAGCGUUUAGCAUACUGUACAGUAGGCUACUAUACUCAGAUGUCCCAGGUUCAAUACCUGGCAUCAGAGUUGCUCACUUUAAUUGUACUAUAACACAGGUAACAGAGGUCCUGUUUCCUGUUUUAGUGCCAGUACUGAGGCAUUAGAAUAUUUGAGGUUCCCGUUCUCCAUAGCAGUCAGCACCGACCCACUUCAACCAUUGAUGGUCAGUCACACGUCCAGUGUUGAUGGUACUUAGACUUUGAGAGACCAAAUUACCCUUUCCUACUUACCAUUGGACCAUGAUGUGCUCGUUGGGACUUUGACUGUAGUCCAUAAUCCUGAGUUCAGGCUCAAGUUUAAUCUUGGGGUCAGACUUCAGGUUAGGGGUCAGAGGUCAGGGAUGAAGGUCAUCUGAGAGCCCUAGAAGCAGUAUGAGUGGUUAUCAAUCUUCUAGCAAGCUGAAUGUGAAUUCCAAAUGCUUUUACAUGGAACUACUUAUUUUCCUAUUAAAGUAAGCAGUGUGGAGCCUGUAGUAGCAGUAUGGGACUUCCGCUUGUAUCAUGUUAUACAGUAUAACCUUAUGCAUCUCUCCCUAUUAGCCCAGUUACUGCUGCUACUGCUGCUGUACUGUGGAGCCAGGAGUUCAUUUAAGCAUUUUAAUGACUGCUUUCCCCUAGAUUAGAGAGAAAGAGUGAGAGUAUGAGUGAGAGUGAGAAUGUGUGUGUAUGUGUGUCUGUGUGUGUGGCCUGCUGCCUUGUGUGUGUGCGUUUGCGUGUCUGCAUGUAUUGUGGGUAAUAACAUUGUUUGCUAUGUUUUGAAGAUGAAUUAUUGCUCCUGAAUUCAAACAAUGUAACCUCAUUACCACUUUAACACAAACACACUGUCUGUUGCACUGAACACAAGAGCCACCCUCAGAUGGAAGUCAUCAGCAAGGAAACAACCCAGGGAAAUAGAAAACAAAAAUCAGUGCUGCUCUUAUUUCUCCUACUAUUUACUGAAAUACUCCCUGGACACACAAACACAUACACACUCUCAGGCGCACAUACAUACACACACACACACACACACACAUACAUGAUUGUAUAGAUUAAAAAUGUAUGUAGAUUUGGUAUACAAUUCAGUCUACACUCUUAGAAAAAAAGGGUGUAUCUAGAAACUAAAAGGGUUCUUCAGCUGUCCCAAUAGGAGAACCCUUUGAAUAACCCUUUUUGGUUCCAGGUAGAACCCUUUUGAGAUCCAUGUAGAACCCUUUACACAGAGGGUUCUAUUUGGAACCCAAAAGUGUUCUACCUGGAACCAAAAAUGGUUCAACCUGGAACCAAAAAGGGUUCUCCUAUGGGGACAGCCAAAGCACCCUUUAAAUAAUGUUUUUCUAAGACUGUAUGACUGUGAGUUACUAAUAAACACUGCUGCAACUUAAAAAAUAUAUAUACAGUACCAGUCAAAAGUUUGGACACACCUACUCAUUCCAGAGUUUUUCUAUAUUUAUUACUAUUUUCUACAUUGUAGAAUAAUAGUGAAGACAUCAAAACUAUGAAAUCACACAUAUGGAAUCAUGUAGUAACCAAAAAAGUGUCAAACAAAUCAAAAUAUAUUUUAUAUUUGAGAUUCUUCAAAAUAGCCACCCUUUGCCUUGAUGACAACUUUCACACGCUUGGCAUUAUCUCAACCAGCUUCAUGAGGUAGUCACCUGGAAUGCAUUUCAAUUAACAGGUGUGCCUUGUUAAAAGUUAAUUUGUGGAAUUUCUUUCCUUCUUAAUAAGUUUGAGCCAAUCAGUUGUGUUGUUACAAGGUAGGGUUGGUAUACAUAAGAUAGCCCUAUUUGGUAAAAGACCAAGUCCAUAUUAUGGCAAGAACAGCUCAAAUAAGCAAAGAGAAACGACAGUCCAUCAUUACUUUAAGACAUGAAGGUCAGUCAAUUCGGAAAAUGUCAAGAACUUUGAAAGUUUCUUCAAGUGCAGUCGCAAAAACCAUCAAGCGCUAUGAUGAAACUGGCUCUCAUGAGGACCGCCACAGGAAAAUAAGUCCCAGAGUUACCUCUGCUGCAGAGGAUACGUUAAUUAGAGUUACCAGCCUCAGACAUUGCAGCCCAAAUAAAUGCUUCACAGAGUUCAAGUAACAGACACGUCUCAACAUCAACUGUUCAGAGGAGACUUCGUGAAUCAGGCCUUCAUGGUCGAAUUGCUGCAAGGAAACCACUACUAAAGGACACCAAUAAGAAGAAGAGAAUUGCUUGGGCCAAGAAACACGAGCAAUGAACAUUAGACCGGUGGAAAUCUGUCCUUUGUUCUGAAGAGUCCAAAUUUGAGAUUUUUGGUUCCAACCGCUGCGUCUUUGUGAGACGCAGAGGUGAUCUCUGCAUGUGUGGUUCCCACCGUGCAGCAUGGAGGAGGAGGUGUGAUGGUGUGGGGGUGCUUUGCUGGUGACAAUGUCUGUGAUUUAUUUAGAAUUCAAGGCACACUUAACCAGCAUGGCUACCACAGCAUUCUGCAGCGAUACGCCAUCCCAUCUGGUUUGCACUUAGUGGGACUAUCAUUUGUUUUUCAACAGGACAAUGACCCAACACACUUACAGGCUGUAUAAGGGCUAUUUUACCAAGAAGGAGAGUGAUGGAGUGCUGCAUCAGAUGACCUGGCCUCCACAAUCCCCCGACCUCAACCAAAUUGAGAUGGUUUGGGAUGAGUCGGACCGCAGAGUGAAGGAAAAGCAGCCAACAAGUGCUCAGCAUAUGUGGGAACUCCUUCAAGACUGUUGGAAAAGCAUUCCAGGUGAAGCUGGUUGAGAGAAUGCCAAGUGUGUGCAAAGCUGUCAUCAAGGCAAAGGGUGGCUACUUUGAAUAAUCUAACAUCUAAAAUAUAUUUUGAUUUGUUUAACAGUUUUUUGGUUACUACAUGAUUCCAUAUGUGUUAUUUCAUAGUUUUGAUGUCUUCACUAUUAUUCUACAAUGUAGAAAAUAGUACAAAUAAAGAAAAACCCUUGAAUGAGUAGGUGUGUCCAAACUUUGACUGGUACUGUAUAUAUAUGUUUUAUUGUCGCAUACACCAGAUAGGUGCAGUGAAAUGUUUUGCUUUACAGGGUCAGCCAUAGUAGUACAGUGCACCUGGGGCAAAUGAGUGUUAAGUGCCUUGCUCAAGGACACAUCAACAGAUUUUUCACCUUGUCGGCUCAGGUAUUCAAACCAGCGACUUUUCGGUUACUGGCCUACCACUCUAACAGCUAGGCUACCUGCCGCCCUACUCUGGGUCAGCGAUCCAAUCAUACUAUGGUUUAUCAUGAUAAUCUAUAUUAUAAUAUGCGAAGCUUGCUAAAAGCUGCAUGAGUGUAUACUCUCCUAAAAUGUUUAGCACAUUUUUUUCAUUUAAGGCUCAGAAGAAGCGCAUCAUCCUGUGA